CUGGUUUGUUAUGUGGCAAUUCUUCUGAUGGUGUUUUCUCAGUGGGAAGGGCCUCCUAUACUUCCUUGUUUGUGUUUGUCUGUUACAGGUCUGACUGGCUGAGUUUCUCUCUCCCUGCCGUGUCUGUCUCAGGUGGUGUCUACUGCUAUUACAGGAAUUUGUAGAACAGACUGCUGGUAAGAAGGAGCUCUCAUGGGAGAGAACAAGUCAUGACAUUCCGUGCAAACAGGGUAAGCUGGAGUACAGACGUGUUCCAUCAAAAUGAAGAUGGAGAAGAGGAGGACCAGACUACAGACAAUGAAUUGGAGUUAUUGGAGUAAGUAUUUGAUCCCAGUCCUUAUGUAUACUGCACUGUAAAACACAGGUGACAUCGGUGUCUGGCAAUGCUGUAUAACUUAUCAUGGAACAUUGAUUAUUAUGUUUGCAAGAGUUUUAUGUAACAAUACUGCACCCAGUUAAUGUAUACUUUGAAUGAUAUAUAACUGUGGUAUUAUGUGUAUUGCACGUUGUACAGUAUUUUUUUACAGUAUGAAUGGGUGGUGCUCAAAUGGUCAAUCUUACAACGUCCACCAAAGGGGUAGUGAUAAAAUAAACCGGAUCUCAUUGACUGUUUAGGGAGUUUGUGUAUGUCUUAGUAGCAUGUAAUGGAGAAGUGGGUUUGUUUAAGAGGUCAGUUGAAACUGAAAGUGACCAAAUCCAUGUGUAGCAGGUUUAUAGCAGCUAAACUCUCUUAGUUUGAUUGGGUCGGAAAGAGAUGCCUGUAAUAAGAGACUUAAUUUAGAGAGUUCUGUCAGGUUCCUCUUGCAAUAACUAUAACAGAUCAUCCAUUGGGGGUUGAAAAGAUAAAGCCAUCAUAGACUCCAAAGUAUCCUAAUUGCAGAGUUCUAAGAGACCCACCAUAAAAUAGUAGUAAUAGACAGUUUAGUGUUAUAAUGAAGCAGAUUUUAUGUUGAGCAUCAAGAUUUUAAGAUGAUAGGUUUGAUCGUAUAUUAAAGUGUAUUUGAAAAUAUUGUGUGCAACGUUAACUAAGACAUUUUGUUUACGACAAAAAUUCACCAGAAUAAUGUCUCAGACUUUGUAAUAUGUAGCGUCAUUGAAUAUGAUUAAGUAGCAUGAUUUAUGGUGUUAAUUCUUUUGCAGCACACUGAGAGCAUUGAGAAUGACGUGAGUAAAUGGAGGGGCUGCACCCCAUGUAUGGUUUUAUGGUGUUUUGUAAAGUUACAAGGUUAACCCCUUAAGGAAGGAGACAAAUGUACACGUUGUGAACGAAACAAAAUGUAAACAAAACCUGGCAUUUGCGCUACAUGUCUGUCCAACCGUAAUUCACCUCUUUCAUAUUAAAUGCACCCACCCUUAUUAUAUAUCAUUUUAUUCAGGGGAAACAGGGCUUUCAUUUAAUAUCAAAUAUUUAGCUAUGAAACAUAAUUUAAUAUGAAAAAAUGGGAGAAAAUACGAUUUUUUUUAGUUCUACAUGACAUUUUAACUGUCAAUGUCAUAAUACUGUUUGCUUUUACUGCAAUAAAAUACACAUAUUUGUAUUCAGCAAAGUCUCACGUGUAAAACAGUACCCCCUAUGUACAGGUUUUAUGGCGUUUUGGGAAGUUACAGGGUCAAAUAUAGCACGUUACAUUUGAAAUUGAAAUUCGCCAGAUUGGUUACGUUGCCUUUGAGACUGUAUAGUAGCCCAGGAAUGAAAUUUACACCCACAAUGGCAUACCAUUUGCAAUAGUAGACAACCCAAGGUAUUGCAAAUGGGGUAUGUCCAGUCUUUUUUAGUAGCCAUUUGGUCACAAACACUGGCCAAAGUUAGCGUUAGUAUUUGUUUGUGUGUGAAAAUGCAAAAAAUGCCAAUUUUGGCCAGUGUUUGUGACUAAGUGGCUACUAAAAAAGACUGGACAUACCCUGUUUGCAAUACCUUGGGUUGUCUACUAUUGCAAAUGGUAUGCCAUCAUAGGGGUAAUUUUCAUUCUUGGGCUACCAUAGGGUCUCAAAGGCAACGUAACCAAUCUGGCGAAUUUUAAUGUGAAAAAAAAUGAAACAUAAGCCUUAUAUUUGACGCUGUAACUUUUGAAAACACCAUAAAACCUGUACAUGAGGGGUACUGUUGUACUCGGGAGACUUCGCUGAACACAAAUAUUUGUGUUUCAAAACAGUAAAAAGUAUCGCAGCAAUAAUAUCGUCCGUGUAAGUGCUGUUUGUGCGUGAAAAAUGCAAAAAACUUCACUUUUACUGGCGAUAUCAUUGUUGUAAUACAUUUUACUGUUUUGAAACACUAAUAUUUGUGUUCAGCGAAGUCUCCCGAGUAGAACAGUACCCCACAUGUACAGGUUUUAUGGUGUCUUGGAAAGUUAUAGGGUUAACUAUAGUGCUAGCAAAUUAAAUUCCCUUUACUCUCGGCAUGGGUUGUCAGGCAGGUCCCGCUAAUUGUAAUUAAUUAAGAUACCUAAUUAUGUAAAAAUAUUACAUAAAUAUAUAUGUAGAAUUAAUAUAUGUAUAUAUAUAUACGUAUGUGAAUCUAUAUGUGUAUAUAUAUAUAUAUACAUUUUUUUAAAAUAUUUUUAUUUAUAUAUAGGUAUAUAUAUAGUGAUAUAUACGUAUAUAUUUAUGUAUGUAGAUAUAUAUAUUAUUUCGUUCUACGUGUAUUUUGAUAUAAAUAUAUAUAUUAAUAUCACAAUACAGUUAGAAUGAAAUAACACACAUCUAUAUAUUUUUUUAUUAUUUUUUUUAUUAUUUUUUAAAAAUUUUUAACGUAUUUACAUAUUAAAUUUUUUUAUAUUAUAUAUAAAUAUAUAUAUAUAUAUAUAACAAUAAUUAUAUAUAUAUUUAAUCAGUAUCAGACCCCACUCUCACAUGGCAAGGGGGCUUCCAGGGAGUCGGACAUGCCGCGGGGGGCUCCCUGGGAGUGGGAUCGCCGGCGACCGGGUAAGUAUCGAAAGACCGGAGGGCGUACUAUUACGCCCGGCGGCGUUUAGAGCCGCCUAUAAUAGGGCGUAAUAGUACGCCCUCCAGUCUUAAGGGGUUAAAUAAGAAAUUUUGCAGAUUGUUUUUUUGGGCACAUUUUGCCUUUGAGACCGUAUGGAAGCCCAAGAACGAAAAUUUCCCCUAUAAUGGCCUAACAUAAAUGCUAGUAAAAGUAUAUAAGCCAGGGUAUUCAAAAUAGGGUAUGUCCAGUCUUUUUUAGUAGUUACGUAGUCACAAAUCCUGGCCAAAGUCAGUGUUCAUAUUGUUUCUUUCCAUUUUUACACAAAAACUGCACUUUAACUGAUGAUAACAUCUUCAUUAUACUUCUUACUGCUAUAAAACACUCAUAUUUGUGUUCAGCGAUGUCUCACAAGUACAACCCCCCAUGUACAAGUUUUAUGGGGUUUUGGAAAGUUACAGGGUAAAAUGCAGGGCUUGCAAAUUAAAUUAUCUGGACUUUCUGACUGGGUUAUCAGAUAGGUCCCCGAAUAUAUGACUAAUAAAAUAAUAUAAUUAUAUAUAAAUACACUUAGAAUGAAAUGAUCUAUCUAUAAAGCAAUAAAACUUAAAUGUAAGUGUCUAAUAUGUUAUUUAUAUACAAUUAUAUUAUUUUAUUAAUUAUAUAUUGAGGGACCUGCCUGACAACCACGGCCGUCCCCCUGCAACCAAACCUGUGAAUCAGGCUUAUCCGAGUUAUGUUAUUGCGGUGCCACCGUAAUCAUAUUACUCGGAUCAGCUGUAUUUGACUGCAUGGGGACUGCAUGGGUUUUCAGGCAGGUCCUCGAUCGCAAUCAGUGCAGCAGGUAAAUAUUUGAGCUAGAGGGAGGGUCAAGUCGUUAGGGAGUACUAUGCCACCUGAACGGAGUUCAAGUCCUCCUUUUGUAGGACGGCAUAGCACACCCUAAUGUACGGAAAGAAUGCUCUUCAUAGCAUUGGGAAAGUUAAAUUUUGAAACAAAUGGCACUUAACAUGUUGGGGAUUUAUUAAGGCAACAUUAUGGGUAUUACUUUUUGAUGCAUACAUUUUUAAAUAUCGACAUAGGAUACCUUAAGACUGGGGCCGGCACCCUACUACCCGCGGGCCACACCCAUCUUGUCCCAUGCAGUACGCCAGUUCAUCAGCUAAUUACUGCAAAUUAUGGCCUGACAAAUCUCAACACUGACUGCCCCUGCUGCACUAAAUAGGAAAAUGUCCCCUAGAGUACACAUCACUCCCAGCAGCUUGGGCUGUAGUGAUGGGUGACAUCACUGCAAAGUAAACUACGAGGGAGCUGUGUGAAGAACUAAUGCAAGCAGCUCCUCGUGGCUCCCUUGUGCCACUAACCAACAGGAAUGAGGCACUUCCAGGAAGUAAGAAGUCGCUCCUACCUCAUGAUGGUCAUAGGGAGUCCCCUUACUUAACUUCAAUGUUUGAAUGAUUUUUUUUAUAUGAGUGUGUGUCUGUGUGCCUAUUUGUCUGUAUGAGUGUCUGUAUGUCUCUGUGGGAGUGUGUGUAUGUUUGCGCAUAUGCGUGAGUGUAUCUGUGUGUUAUUUUACUAUAUGUCUUUAUGAGUGUGUGUCUGUGUUACUACCUGUCUGUAUGCAUGUUUGUUUGGAUUACUAUGGUCUGUGUGUGUGUCUGUAUGUCUGUGUAUGUGUAUUUCUAUGAAUGUGUGUAUAUGUAUCUGCAUGACUGUGUGUAUCUAUGACUCAUAAAUUAUAAUUAGCAUGCAAAAGAGUGAGGAAAAAAAAUCAAACUUUUUUUAAUUACAAACACACAUCCCCCACACACUAUCACACUCAGCGAAACAGAACCAGCCAACCCCCACUCAUCGCUUUUAGCAACCACUGCACAAUAUGCAGUUUGUGUGUGAAAAAUUCAAAAAACUUCACUUUCACUGACAGUAUCAUCGCUGUGAUAUGUUUCACUGAUUUGAAACACUAAUAUUUGUGUUUAGCGAAGUCUCCCGAGUAUAACAGUACACCCCAUGUAAAGGUUUUAUAGUGUUUUUGAAAGUUACAAGUUCAAAUAUAAGGCUUGAUUUUCCAUUUUUUCACAUUGACAUUUGCCAGAUUGGUUAUGUAUAUGUAUAUUUCGUAUUAUUUGUAGUUAUUUAUAUAUACAUAGAUAUAUCAUUUCAUUCUAAGUGUAUCUCGAUAUAUAUAUAUAUAUAUAUAUAUAUAUAAAAAAACAAAAAUAGUAAUGCACUCCACCUUCCUUGAUGUACUUGCCCGGUGCUUAUCAGCAAACAGAUACAGCCAAAAGUACAAGAUAGCACUCCAGGGACUUCCAAGUUGAAUGAAUAAAACUUAGCUUUUAUUAGCUCAAAAUAAAAAUCAACGUUUCAGUCUGUAUCACAGACUUUCAUCAGGAUGAGCUCGCAAAUCAAAUCCAUAAGAAUAUAUACCCUCAAUAUUCCCUUAACUUACCCAGGUUGAGGAUAGGAGUGAUCCCAGGGGCACCUGACCAGCAGCCUGCUCAGGUCAAACAAUUGACACUGAUGAUGUCAUAGACGUGCGCCUCCCGGGGACGUUCACAUAGCAACCCAGUAUAACCAACAAAAUAAUACAUAAACAUAUAACUAAAAACAUAGCCUGCAUACAGGAGUAAAAUAUAAAUGUUAAAGAAAGACCUAUACACCCCAUCAGGGGCCAUUUAGAUACAGAGAAAAUCCAUAGAGAACACGUUAGAGAUAGACAGCAGGCAGAACUAAUCGAAAAGCGAUCAAACUGCAAUUAGCCUGUAGCAACCUAUUAACAAGAUAUAAAUAUACAAACUGUACUACCUAAGGAAUAGAUAAUGCAUAAAGAAGACAUGUAACUUAUACUACAAAUACAAAAAUAAAAUGCAGGCAUGAGCAAUCAAACCUGCAGAGAUUCCAAUCUAACUACAGGGAGCAAAGUACCAACAAACAGCAAUUGAAAGCAUAAUUGUACCAAGAGUAAUGUAUCACUCCGAAUCCUUAGAUAUCAUUAUACAGGUAAAAAGAGUAGUAAAGGAUAAAUGUCAGAACUUCUUAGUCAAAAAUGGGAGAAAACAUGAAAAGACGAUACCAGAUAAAUGUGAUUAAAUAUCCACCAACUAAACCUAUGGGGAAAAGAACGUAUUGUGCAUAUAUAUAUAUAUAGUUAUUAUAUAUAUUAUAUAUGUGUGUGUGUGUAAUUUUACUCUAAUUGUAUUUUUAUAUUAAUAUAUGUAUAUAUUAAUAAAAAAUACACUUAGUAUGACAUUGUAUGUAUAUAUUUUAAUUUAGUAACAUUUUUUAUUUUAUUUCAGUACAGGCAGUCCCCCUGCAGGCAGCACUAUGGACGCCUAUUGCAGCCAUGUGACCGCUCUUUCAGAGCAGUCAAAUGGCCCGCUGGUUCCUAAUUUGCCUAGGGGGGACUGUCUGGGCUGUCAGACAGUCCCCCAGACGGAGAGGAACAUCGAUCGCCGGCAGGGGAAAGACAGUGAUCGGGUAAGUAAAUAGGAAUGAAUUCCGCGGACAUACUAGGUACAUCCGAGGUCCUUAAGGACCGUUUUUUGUCGGACGUGCCUAGUAUGUCCGAGGUCGGGAAGGGGUUAAUUUCAUUUACUUUGCAAAAUUAAUCUUUUGUCCAUAAACCCCCAGGCACUUUCAUAUGUAUAAGCAAAAAAAGGGGGAUGAUCUGCUGAACCAAUCAUAAAUAAAACAACAUAGCGUAUAACUGUGUAUGAUGACAAAUUGUAGCAGUUAUAUUCACAAAUGGCCACUCACACUUUUGCUGAAGUUUGCAAGCCUUGAAUAUUUUCCUUUUCAAAAUAGGAAUUCCAAAUCCUCUGUCUGGGUUAAAAUCUCCAUAGAUAUAUUGGCAUGUAUGUGCUCAGGAAAGAAAUGUAUAUAAAAGAAUAUAAGAUGCACAUUCAGAGUGAAGUACAAAAAAGUAUUUAAUAACUUACAUCAAGAUAUAAAAUCAUCAGUGUAGUCCCUCUAUGUCACCACCAGGAAAGUUCCUUUCUGUUGAUAUAAAUUAAGCACUUAUUACACUGUGGUGGGUGUUCACACACAUUGUUUCUUUCUGUACUUUCAUAUGUAUACCUGGAACGAUUACCAGCCUGUAGAGGAAGACAUUUCUCUUCCGGGAGCCACUGGGUGCACUGUAGUGCUUAGAUUAUCCAUUGUAGCAAAUUAUGCUAUAAUCCAGCUCAGACAAGGCAAAACCAAGGCAAACAUUGCAAAUGAAGACAAGAAAUUGAAACGUAAUUUUGCCUUCUCUCUCUGUGCUUUCUCUAUUCUGACUGCCAGGUGCAAAGAACAGUUUACAAAUAUAAAUUUUUAGAUAUAGGAAUAAAUAAAUAGAAUAAUAAAAUCCUUGGACGUGACAGUUUCCCUUUAUAGGAAUACUCCAUUGGCAAAAUUUAGAUUAAUAAAGAAAAUGCACAGAUUUAUUUACAAAAGUGAUUCAAAGUGGAUUUUAAAAUUUAGGCUAAAAUUGCAAAAUUCUCCUAGUCAGUUGUCAGUUUGUAUUUUUGAGCCUUACAUUUUAGGUUAAUUUUGAAUUCCUGGUACAUUCUCAAAUUAGUGAAUUGUUACAUAGUUAUUAUAUAGGCUGAAAAAAAGACUUGAAUCAUAGAAACACAGAAUGUGACGGCAGAUAAGAACCAUUCGGCCCAUCUAGUUUGCCCAAUUUUCUAAAUACUUUCAUUAGUCCCUGGCCUUAUCUUAUAGCUAGGAUAGCCUUAAGCCUAUCCCACGCAUGCUUAAACUCCUUUACUGUGUUGGAUCAAAGGCAAAAAAAAAAUGUGAGGAUGGCUGAACUUGAUGGGCGCAAGUCUCUUUUCAGCUAUGUAACUAAGUAACUUUGGAACUAUGUAACCUCUACCACUUCAGCUGGAAGGCUAUUCCAUGCAUCCACUACCCUCUCAGUAAAGUAAUACUUCCUGAUAUUAUUUUUAAACCUUUGUCCCUCUAAUUUAAGACUAUGUCCUCUUGUAGUUGUUCUUCUUUUAAAUAUAGUCUCCUCCUUUACUGUGUUGAUUCCAUUUAUGUAUUUAAAUGUUUCUAUCAAAUCCCCCCUUUCUCGUCUUUACUCCAAGCUAUACAUGUUAACACCCUUUAACUUUUCCUUGUAAAUUUUAUUUUGUAAUCCAUGAACCAGUUUAGUAGCCCUUCUUCGAACUCUCCCCAAAGUAUCAAUAUCCUUCUGGAAAUAUGGUCUCCAGUACUGCGUACAAUACUCCUUGUACAAUACUGUGUAAAUCGUAUUGAAUCUUGACUCAGAAUAUGUUUACUCUUUGAAGAUUACUAGUAUUUACUGAGGAUAAAUAUUAGCAAGCAAAAGAAAAAAAUACAGUAGGCUGAAAAUGGAAAUAUAAUUUAACAAGUUCAUAGCAAAACAUACAAAUAACGUGAUAUGGAAAUAAUGUUUGGUCCCUAGGGUUCCUUUAGGGGCCCACCUGGACUUUUUGAAGUUUUGCUUUUAUGCAACUCUUGUCAACUGAAAGAAACAAAAAAAACACACUUCCUCAAAUUAAAACCAAAGUCUCUCUCACCUUCUCUAAGCAGAGGUAAAGCAUGCUCUACUAAACUAACUGACAAUGUUCUUUCACCUUUUUUAGGUUCCUUUAAAAAAAAACUGUUAUGAUAUUCAUACUUGGCAAUAUGUUGGUACUGCCUCUUUUUUAGUGGACAGAUUAUUUUUCAGGGAUGAUCAAUGCUCUGUCACCAGUGGCGUCUUGCAACCUCGCAGUCCACAGGAGGAGGGAUCCUUUCCAUUUACUCCUUGCUCAAUUUGCAAGAUUGUGUCAACAUUAGUAGUGAGGAAAGGAGCACCAGACUAGAAGUGCUAUGCCAUACCUCUCAACAUUGGUUUCGGAGCAGUUCAGAGAAGGGAAAUACAGGAUGGCCGUAACUUGUAACGUAUAUUUCAGGAUAAACCACUGAAUUCCAAACAUGGCAGCAUUUACCUUUAGGUACGCACCAACCAUCACAGUAGGAAGCACAGGAGAAGGAACUUUGAAGUCUGUUUUAGCAGGCCAAGAUUUUAUGCUCACUAGACCAAUAUUUGUGUGGAACCAGCCUGGUUUUAACCGCUUAACCCAAACAGCACAUUUGCAAAAGUUGCAUCCCUGGAUGUAUUCUUUUAGUCAUCAGGAGUUUGACCUAGCUCUCUUCCUGAGGAGAUGACAAAGGUCCACUGGAUUCAUGAGGCCAAGCCAGGACUAAGCCUCUUUCUCUGAAAACCCAGUAAACAGUGAUUACCUGGGUGUGCCUCUUUUAUGUAUACCAAUAUGUCUAAUAUCUUCUUUACCCCAGUGGUAAUGACAAAUGGCAUAUGGAGUGUGUAAGGUAGCUUAUAUUUUAAGCAGUGUAGGCUGUCAAAAGUUCAGAUCCCCACUUGCUGUUGAAAUACAGACCUGCAGCAGUUCAUAAGUCUUCAUGGCUGUUUAAUUAAUUUUUUUUCUAUCUCAGAUAAGUACACCAGUAGUUCAGAUUACUGACUAGUGUACUUCUCCAAGUUACUUACAUUUGGGCUUCCUUCUAACAAAUAGGUUACAUCUAGGAGGUUUUUGGUGAGCAUUUAAGAAAGUUGAUACACCCAAUAUUUGCAUUAAAUGAAAGAGUGCUACUAAUGAAUAUGCUACCUGUAUCAAGUUUGCCUGAACACCACAGCCUUGUAGACAGAGAAGAGGCAAAAAGUACACACUUGAUUAGCAUGUGUGCAAAUGCCUUAGUCUAGGUCCACACAGACACUUGUUCCUAUCAAGGCAUGUUGCAUUGAUUACUACUACCAGUGUCUUCUUGCACAUAGACUUCUCUAACCCAACCCUAACCCUACUCCUAACCUAACCCUAACCCUACCCGUAACCCUAUCCUAACCCUAUUCCUAACCCAACCCUACCCCUACUCCUUACCCAACUCAAACCCAAACCUUACCCCUAACCCUACUCCUAAUCCUACCCCUACUCUUAGCCCAACGCUAACCCUAACCCUAACCCUACUCCUAAUCAAACACUACUCCUAACCCUACUCCUAACCUAACCCUACCUUUAACACUACUCCUAACCCUACCCCUAACCCUACGCCAACCCCCAUUCCUAACCCUACCUGUUUUGCCACUUUUCAGAAGUCCAAAGCACUACGGCACUCCCGAAAUUUGGCACUUCGGCAAUUCAGUUCGGUUCGGCACUUCGACACUUUGGAAAUUCGGCAAUUUGGCACUUCGGUUCAGUUCGGCAUUCUGAAAUUCAGUACUUCGCCCAUUCGGAUAUUUCGGAAGCAUCCAAAUGUCCGAAAUUCUGCAAAAUUUAAAUUCGGACCGAACCAAAUUGCACAUGUCUAUUAUAUUUGCAGAUAAAGAAGAUUGUAAAGGGAUCUUUAAAUUGCCAUAUGUUUUGCCGUAAGUCCUUCAUCAAUAUCUCAAGAUAAAGUCAAUUUAAGUAUAAGAAAGUUUUGUUCUUAAAAAUGCAAUUUAAUAUCUUCAGCAGUUAUGCUGAUCUGUGUACCUGUUGCCACAUAUGUACUCUGUACAAUUGGUGCCCUGCCUAUUGCACUUUAGCUACUUAUAUUGAUCAACAGCAUAUAAUCAUUUUGAUUCUAUAGUUGUGUCAUUUACAGUAUUAUCAUCUUUUGAUUAUGUCCUGAUGUCUUACUGUUGUUGGUUUACAUUUCCUACUUUCUUUCACUACUAUCUGAAUGAUGUACAGGUCCUACUUGCAUUUGCCUCCAUUUAUGAUAAAUGGAAUUUAUAGCAUUUUCAUUGUUUACGUGUUUGAUGCAAAUGCCGACUUUCCUUGAGCAGGUUUAUUUAGCGGACACCAUAUUGCUUUGAAUAGUAAAUUCUAGGCUGUGAAAUUAACAUUAGCAUUUGUUUGCAUAUCUUCUUAUGUGUUAGUUGGAAAAUACAUUUGCACCCUUAAAACAUUCUAACAGUUCUAUGCUGAUAACGCACCUAAAGAAACUGUGCUAUUCUGUAGAACAAAUAUAGACAAGAUUAAGGUUUAACUUAUUUGCCACCGAUUGCCAGCCAGUACUAUGUGAGAACAUAAAAUAUGUGUUUCUUGGAACUGGUAUUAGUAAUAUCAACUUAUGCUUCCCUCAUUGCAUGACUAGAUCUGCCAAGCUCCGGCUCCCUGCUGUGAAGGACAUAAUAAACCCAAUCACACCUUCUCUGACCAUGCUUUCUAUUGGCUCCCAGCCCUUUAACAGUAACUGAUCACAGUUUCCUCACUCAUAACCAUUCUGAAUCUGUUCUGCUUGCAUUUAAUGGUUCUAACCUUCAGGUAUUACACAACCUGGGUAACUGUCACAAUAAAAGGUACCACCAGCAACAAACGUCAAAGGUACUUGGAUAGUCAUUCCAAUCCUCCAGAUCAUUAAAUUUUUUUUGCCAUAAAAACCCACACAAUUGAGUUUGUUUGUAAGUACACUAAUCAUGAGCCAAACAGCUGCCUAUACAAAAAUAAAAUGAAUGCUAAUAUAUAUAUAUAUAUAUAUAUAUAUAUAUAUAUAUAUAUAUAUAUUUCAAGAUGAUAUUUCAAUUGAUGCUAUCAUAAAGGGGCAGUCCAGCCCAGAUUAUGUUGUAAGUGCAGUGUAUAGUUAAUUCAUUUUGAUAUAAUUUUGAUAUUUGAUAUAUGCAAAACCAAUCAAUCAAUAAUAUAUAUGUAUAUACAGGGAGUGCAGAAUUAUUAGGCAAGUUGUAUUUUUGAGGAUUAAUUUUAUUAUUGAACAACAACCAUGUUCUCAAUGAACCCAAAAAACUCAUUAAUAUCAAAGCUGAAUAUUUUUGGAAGUAGUUUUUAGUUUGUUUUUAGUUAUAGCUAUGUUAGGGGGAUAUCUGUGUGUGCAGGUGACUAUUACUGUGCAUAAUUAUUAGGCAACUUAACAAAAAACAAAUAUAUACCCAUUUCAAUUAUUUAUUAUUACCAGUGAAACCAAUAUAACAUCUCAACAUUCACAAAUAUACAUUUCUGACAUUCAAAAACAAAACAAAAACAAAUCAGUGACCAAUAUAGCCACCUUUCUUUGCAAGGACACUCAAAAUCCUGCCAUCCAUGGAUUCUGUCAGUGUUUUGAUCUGUUCACCAUCAACAUUGCGUGCAGCAGCAACCACAGCCUCCCAGACACUGUUCAGAGAGGUGUACUGUUUUCCCUCCUUGUAAAUCUCACAUUUGAUGAUGGACCAAAGGUUCUCAAUGGGGUUCAGAUCAGGUGAACAAGGAGGCCAUGUCAUUAGAUUUUCUUCUUUUAUACCCUUUCUUGCCAGCCACGCUGUGGAGUACUUGGACGCGUGUGAUGGAGCAUUGUCCUGCAUGAAAAUCAUGUUUUUCUUGAAGGAUGCAGACUUCUUCCUGUACCACUGCUUGAAGAAGGUGUCUUCCAGGAACUGGCAGUAGGACUGGGAGUUGAGCUUGACUCCAUCCUCAACCCGAAAAGGCCCCACAAGCUCAUCUUUGAUGAUACCAGCCCAAACCAGUACUCCACCUCCACCUUGCUGGCGUCUGAGUCGGACUGGAGCUCUCUGCCCUUUACCAAUCCAGCCACGGGCCCAUCCAUCUGGCCCAUCAAGACUCACUCUCAUUUCAUCAGUCCAUAAAACCUUAGAAAAAUCAGUCUUGAGAUAUUUCUUGGCCCAGUCUUGACGUUUCAGCUUGUGUGUCUUGUUCAGUGGUGGUCGUCUUUCAGCCUUUCUUACCUUGGCCAUGUCUCUGAGUAUUGCACACCUUGUGCUUUUGGGCACUCCAGUGAUGUUGCAGCUCUGAAAUAUGGCCAAACUGGUGGCAAGUGGCAUCGUGGCAGCUGCACGCUUGACUUUUCUCAGUUCAUGGGCAGUUAUUUUGCGCCUUGGUUUUUCCACACGCUUCUUGCGACCCUGUUGACUAUUUUGAAUGAAACGCUUGAUUGUUCGAUGAUCACGCUUCAGAAGCUUUGCAAUUUUAAGAGUGCUGCAUCCCUCUGCAAGAUAUCUCACUAUUUUUGACUUUUCUGAGCCUGUCAAGUCCUUCUUUUGACCCAUUUUGCCAAAGGAAAGGAAGUUGCCUAAUAAUUAUGCACACCUGAUAUAGGGUGUUGAUGUCAUUAGACCACACCCCUUCUCAUUACAGAGAUGCACAUCACCUAAUAUGCUUAAUUGGUAGUAGGCUUUCGAGCCUAUACAGCUUAGAGUAAGACAACAUGCAUAAAGAGGAUGAUGUGGUCAAAAUACUCAUUUGCCUAAUAAUUCUGCACUCCCUGUAAACAUACUAACUUUAAAAGUUACUACAUUUGGAACAAAUCUCCCUACAUUACAACUUUAGUCUUGAUCUCACCCACUCUGUAAAUUAGCCUAGUCAGGCAGGACCCUCUUAUUCAACUUAUGGAGCCUGACUUGUUGGAGUGUUCACCCAAGCACAGCGAAGAUUAAUGUGAAGUAAUGUGGGUGAUUGGCAGCAAGAUUUAUGUGCACAGCCUCAGUUUUGGUCAGAACAGGGAUUUCUGCAUCCUAAGAGUAGGGUUUGAGGAAUCAAUAACUUUUUUUUAAAAUUAAUAAAUAAAUUUCAAUGAUAUUACAUACAAUGAAUGCCUAAUGUAUAGAGAUUUAUUUGACAAGGUAUGCGACAUUUGGCAACUCACAAAGCUGGGCUCUUUCAAUUACAUUGUUCUGAACAUUAUUUGAUGAUUGAACCUCUAGUUUUUAAAUUUCUACACAUAUAUUCUUCUUGAGCUUCUCAAGUUUAUGUGUUUUUUUCACGUACACCUGUUCCUUCAGUUAUCCCCACAGAAAGUAAUCAGGAGCAGAAUGGUCGGGUAAAUGUGACCGCUAAAUAAUCUGGGAAUUUCUUAAAAUUAUUCGCUCACCGAACAGCUGUCUCAGGAGGUCCAAUAUGGCCCUGGUUGUAUAGGCAGUAGCCCAUUCUGUUGAAACCACAUUUCUUACAUUGAAGUGGCGGCGAUAAGCUCUUUGUCAAAUUAAUGGACCUGCAAUUUUGAGAGUAAAAUUCCACAAUUUGUACACAUUGUUCCUUCGUGAAAUUACUCAUGAUGAAUCUCAGUUAUUUCAAGUUAUCUCAAGUUAUUUACUUUAUUUAUAAAAUAUUUUACCAGGAAAGAUACAUUGAGAUUUCUCUCGUUUUCAAGUAUGUCCUUGGUCCACAAAUCAAUUUACUUGUCAAAUCCUAUUCUGAAUUUUGGCCCACCAUGUUGUUCAUUUACCAGUUUUCUAUCUAUAAAAGAUUUUAGCUGAACUACAAAUCCCAGAAACCUUUGUUGUAAUCCCUGAUCACCUAUUCAGCUUCGCACUGGAGACUGAAGACAGGAAAAGACAUGGUUUUGUACACAUAUUCAGAAACCAACAAAAGCAUAUUUUCAUAUACCACCGCUAUAGUGAGUUAAGCUUGAAGAACUGGUCAUUUUAGAUUUCUUUCAGAAUCGUAACACUUCAGGAGAGCUACUUAUGAAAAAAAAAAUGUUCCUUUAAAUCAGCAUCUAUCAUUUGUCAAGUACCACCCAUUUUUCACUAUGCAGGAAAGAAGAGAAAGAAGAAAAGUCUAGUUGCAUUUUUUUAUACUGAUGUGUUCCCACCAUGCCUAAAGAUGGCAAUAAAUUUAAUUUAUUUUUGUGAAAUACUUCCGAUGGCUGUUUCAGUUUAACAAAUAACACUUUAAAUGAGUUGUCAUGUGACAUGUUAUUGAGUUUGAUGGUAACUCUGGACAUUUUACUAAUUGUCUUGGUUAAAAAGCAAUGUACUGUACACUAACAAUUAAAAGUUUAUCCUAUAAAUAUUUACUUGGGAAGUAAAGUCUGCCUCAGCAGUAUAUUCACGAGGACAGUGUUGGCUGGAGAUAGCACAUACUGGGAAACAAGCUUCUGAAAGCUUUAUUUAGCUUGCUAAAAUUGGUCACUGCUAAUGCGAUACAAGUAAUGCUAGCACUUUUCCUAACACUGUACAUUUGACACUUGAGCUAAACCCCCUGCAGUAUUAAAGGCAAACUGACACUCAGGGUUGCCAUUGGAUGGGGUAAGCCCAAUACUUGUAUUCUGUAAUACUAUGCAGUUUGAUUUUACCCUCAACUAACUAGACUGUAUUGCAGAUCUGUCAUGGGCCAGCCCCCCAAGAGCUGCAGUGGUUAUUGUGCCUGGAUUAUUUCGUUAAAUAAUCUACUAGUUCCCCUCUUGAGAUUAGGUUCUGGAUCCGCCCCUGAUUCGGCCAGUGCUCAAACAAAAGCUGCGCAAAAGUGUAAGGGAAAGUGCAGCCUUGAUAAUGCAGCCACUAAACCUCACAUCUCUCAAGUAGGAUAGGUAGCCUUUGAAGACAGACCCCCCUACUGAUGUAUGAUGUCAAAAUGUAGGAGUGGAAUGGGGUUCUUCCACUUUAAGAUGGCACAUGGUCCCUACAGCUAAGAAGGUGAAGUUCUAAAUUUAAAGUAAAUGUCUGGUGUAGAUAGUGUAUGGGGAAGAUGUUGAUGGUAAAGAGGAGAAGGAAGAGAUUGGUUUCCAGGUAGGGAUAAGCACAAUGGGCAUGAUGAGAAGGUAUAAGUACAAUGGUCAUGAUAAGAAGCAGAUGUAGUUAACAUUGGCAUUGAAAAAUAUGUCAUUGGGGAUAUAGCUGGUGGAGCUACAUUGGGGGAUCUGGCUCGGAGGAAUAUGGUUAGGAAAGUUACAUUGGAGGAUAUGGCGGGUGGGCAGACUAGAUGGGCCGAAUGGUUCUUAUCUGCCGUCACAUUCUAUGUUUCUAUGUCUAUGUUUCUAUGUGGAGGGGUAUGACUAUGGGAGAUAUAUUUGUAGAUUUUGUUAAGGGAGAUAUAUUCAGGAGAAUGUGGUUGGCGUAUAUUUGGAGGGAUAUGGUUGGGGAUGUUGUAUUGAGGGGAUAGGACUGAUAUAUUGGGGUUUAUGGCUGGAAGAAGGAAUUUUCAGUGGAGUAUCUGGAGGGAGAACAUUGGGGGAAUAUGCACACGUCGAGUUUGUGUGAAUAGGGGCAUUACUUUGUUCUGCAAGGGAAGCAGCCCUCCAGUGGCAAAAACAAAAGGGAAACAGGAAUGUGGCUACAAGCCAAUAUAGAAGCAUAUAAUAUAUAGUGUAUAUAUAAAUAUUUGUGUGAGUGCAUAUCUCUCAUUGUAUCUGUUUUUGUGGUUUGCAAUGUUAGCACGUGUCUCUCACUGUGUAUGUCUGUCUGUAGGUGUCUGUAAGUGUAUGUCUGUCUGGCAGUGAGUAUUCUUUCAUGUGUGUGUGUAUCUGUGUAUGUGUGGUAAUCUCUAUCUGUGUGUAUAUAUCUGGGUGUCUGGGAAUGUGUGUCAAGGGGUGUCUAGUCAGUUAAUCUGUAAUGAGAUCCCAAGACUUCUGAUGGCAAACCUGCUGGUGCUUGAAUCAUGCACCUCACCGUAAUAAAUUCUAUUGAAGCAUAAAGGCAAAUUACACUUACUUGCCCUGAUUUUUCAAGUACAAAUGCCUGUAUAGUCCCAUGAUGUUCAUACUAAUUUUGGCACCUACUUUCAAAGUGCUGUACAACAAACAAUUAGGCUUUCCUUACAUCUGCUUUAAUGCACCUUAAUGGCAUCCACUUACCUAGCUUCACAGCGGGCAAGAAAAUAUACUUGGUAUGCCAGUUUGUGCCAUGACAGCUAUGGAACAUAAUAUAAAUAGUGAUGUCGCGAACCGAAAAUUUCUGUUCGCGAACGGUGAACGCGAACUUCCGCAGAUGUUCGUGAACCGGGCGAACCGCCAUAGACUUCAAUGGGCAGGCGAAUUUUAACACACACAGGGACUCUUUCUGGCCACAAUAGUGAUGGAAAAGUUGUUUCAAGGGGACUAACACCUGGACUGUGGCAUGCCGGAGGGGGAUCCAUGGCAAAACUCCCAUGGAAAAUUACACAGUUGAUGCAGAGUUUGGUCUUAAUCCAUAAAGGGCAUAAAUCACCUAACAUUCCUAAAUCACAAUGGAUAUGGAUUGACACCUGACAUAUGACAUAUUGACACCUUGACAUAUGGAUUGACACCUGUCCUCAGAGACCCUGAUGCACACUGACACAGAGCAGAAUAGAGACUGUCCCCCUACAUAGGGUCACUUGGCAGAUAUGGAUUGACACCUGUCCUAAGGAUCCCUGAUACACACUGACACAGAGCAGAAUAGGGACUGUUCCCCCUACAUAGGGUCACUUGGCAGGUAUGGAUUGACACCUAUCCUCAGGAUCCCUGAUACACACCGACACAGAGCAGAAUAGGGACUGUUCCCCCUACAUAGGGUCACUUGGCAGGUAUGGAUUGACACCUAUCCUAAGGAUUGAUACACACCGACACAGAGCAGAAUAGGGACUGUUCCCCCUACAUAGGGUCACUUGGCAGAUAUGGAUUGACACCUGUCCUCAGAGCCCUGAUACACACUGACACAGAGCAGAAUAGAGACUGUUCCUCCUACAUUGGGUCACUUGGCAGAUAUGGAUUGACACCUGUCCUCAGAGCCCCUGAUACACACUGACACAGAGCAGAAUAGAGACUGUUCCUCCUACAUAGGGUCACUUGGAAGAUAUGGAUUGACACCUAUCCUCAGAGAUCAUGAUACACACUGACACAGAGCAGAAUAGAGACUGUUCCUCCUACAUAGGGUCACUUGGCAGAUAUGGAUUGACACCUGUCCUCAGAGCCUCUGAUACACACUGACACAGAGCAGAAUAGAGACUGUUCCUCCUACAUAGGGUCACUUGGCAGAUAUGGAUUGACACCUGUCCUCAGAGCCCCUGAUACACUGACACAGAGCAGAAUAGAGACUGUUCCUCCUACAUAGGGUCACUUGGCAGAUAUGGAUUGACACCUGUCCUCAGAGACCAUGAUACACACUGACACAGAGCAGAAUAGGGACUGUUCCUCCUACAUAGGGUCACUUGGCAGAUAUGGAUUGACACCUGUCCUCAGAGCCCCUGAUACACACUGACACAGAGCAGAAUAGGGACUGUUCCUCCUACAUAGGGUCACAUGGCAGAUAUGGAUUGACACCUGUCCUCAGAGCCCUGAUACACACUGACACAGAUCAGAAUAGGGAAUGUUACCCCAACAUAGGGUCACUUGGCAGAUAUGGAUUGACACCUGUCCUCAGAGCCCCUGAUACACACUGACACAGAGCAGAAUAGGGAAUGUUACCCCAACAUAGGGUCACUUGGCAGAUAUGGAUUGACACCUGUCCUCAUAGCCCCUGAUACACACUGACACAGAGCAGAAUAGAGACUGUUCCUCCUACAUAGGGUCACUUGGCACAUAUGGAUUGACACCUUACAUAGUUACAUAGUUACAUAGUUACAUAGCUGAAAAGAGACUUGUGUCCAUCAAGUUCAGCCUACCUCACAUUUGUUUUUUGCUGUUGAUCCAAAAGAAGGCAAAAAAACCCAGUUUGAAGCACAAUUUUGCAACAAGCUAGGAAAAAAAUUUCUUCUUGACCCCAGAAUGGCAGUCAGAUUUAUCCUUGGAUCAAGCAGUUAUUACCCUACAUUGAAAGAUUAUAUCCUUGAAUAUUCUGUUCUUGCAAGUAUGCAUCUAGUAGCCGUUUGAACAUCUGUAUGGACUCUGAUAAAACCACUUCUUCAGGCAGAGAAUUCCACAUCCUGAUUGUUCUUACAGUAAAAAACCUUUCCUUUGCCUUAGAUGAAAUCUUCUUUCUUCCAGUCUAAACGCAUGGCCUCGUGUCCUAUGUAAAGUCCGGUUUGUGAAUAGAUUUCCACACAAUGGUUUGUAUUGGCCCCGAAUAUAUUUGUAUAAUGUUAUCAUAUCCCCUCUCAGGCGACGUUUUUCUAAACUAAAUAGGUUUAAAUUUGUUAACCUGUCCUCAGAGAGAUCAAGUGAUACACACCGACACAGAGCAGAAUAGAGACUGUUCCCCCACAUAGGGUCACUUGGCAGAUAUGGAUUGACACCUGUCCUCAGAGAUCAUGAUACACACCGACACAGAGCAGAAUAGAGACUGUUCCCCCUACAUAGGGUCACUUGGCAGGUAUGGAUUGACACCUGUCCUCAGAGCCCCUGGUACACACUGACACAGAGCAGAAUAGAGACUGUUCCCCCUACAUAGGGUCACUUGGCAGAUAUGGAUUGACUGUUCCCCCUACAUACACACUAUUGGAUCUCGCAAAACCAAGGAUCUAAAUCAUGUUCCUGUAUCGUACAUGAAAAACCUACUCAUACAAAAUCUCUUCCCAAAUGUCAUUUCGUUCAAAGUGGAGAGAAUGUUAAAAAAAUAUAUUUUUGUUCUGAGUGUGAGAAAUGCUUUUCAGCCGCUUCCAAUCUUAAGCAUCAUUUGAGGAGCCAUACAGGAGAGAAGCCUUAUUUUUGUUCUCUCAAAGAGGCCACUUUUAUAUUCAAUAUAUAACAGUGAAAAAAGUUUUUGGGUUUUAAAUGCAAGCUAUUGUGACACCAGUGAGUGAGUGGUGGCACUGGGCACAGUAUCCACUGUGAGCCUGACACACCUGCUUUGAGACAACUAACUGCAUUCAAUCUAUAACAGUGAAAAAGUUUUUUGGUUUUAAAUGCACGCUAUAGACACACCAGAUAUGAGUGGGCAAAGUACACGGGCAGAGGUCUGCAGAGCACACGCUGAAGGAGGCCUGACACCCGCUUUAAGGACACUGACUGCUAUUAGCUUACACUGAAAAACUUUUUUUCUUUGUAAAAGCACGCUAUAGAGACACCAGAUAUGAGUGGCAAAGUACACGGGCAGAGGUCUGCAGAGCACACGCUGAAGGAGGCCUGACACCCGCUUUAAGGACACUGACUGCUAUUAGCUUACACUGAAAAACUUUUUUUCUUUGUAAAAGCACGCUAUAGAGACACCAGAUAUGAGUGGCAAAGUACACGGGCAGAGGUCUGCAGAGCACACGCUGAAGGAGGCCUGACACCCGCUUUAAGGACACUGACUGCUAUUAGCUUACACUGAAAAACUUUUUUUCUUUGUAAGAGCACGCUAUAGAGACACCAGAUAUGAGUGGCAAAGUACACGGGCAGAGGUCUGCAGAGCACACGCUGAAGGAGGCCUGACACCCGCUUUAAGGACACUGACUGCUAUUAGCUUACACUGAAAAACUUUUUUUCUUUGUAAGAGCACGCUAUAGAGACACCAGAUAUGAGUGGCAAAGUACACGGGCAGAGGUCUUUCUUUUUAAAUGUCAAGCUUAAGCUAUUGUGACACCAGAUAUGAGUGGUGGCACUGGGCAAAUGGGCACAGUAUCCACUAUGAGCCUGACACAGAAGCUGGCAGGCAACUAACUGCUAUUCCAGGGCUCGAGUCCUGUUCCCGCUAGUGAUCCUGCCGGACAUGUGCCUGCUCACACUAGUCUCCCCCGCGGUAGUUUACUGAGGAGUGAAGACUGCAGUGGGUGGGGCGUUUUACAUCACUUCCUGUCAGGCCCUGCUAGAGGAUUACCGAGCAGGGAGAGGUAAGAACAUCUCUUUUCAGAUAAUUACACACCACCAACGGUAAGCGGCCAUGUUUUAUUUAUUUUUUCAUGAAAUAAUAAUGUACCUAGCACAGAGCUCCACAGAGCUAAAUCUUAUAGUUCAUGUGGCGCUCUGUGAUUUAUUGGUCCAACAGUGCCACCUCACUUCUAUUCCUCUUAUGCUUCCUCUCCCCUAAACACUAGCAGCCAUCCCUCACUCACCCUUAUCACUAGCAGCCAUCCCUCACUCACCCCUAUCACUAGCAGCCAUCCAUCCCUCACCCCUAUCACUAGCAGCCAUCCCCUUCUUCUCCCAUCACUAGCAGCCACCCCUCUCUCACCCCUAUCACUAGCAGCCAUCUUCUUCUCUACAUCACUAGCAGCCAUCCCCUUCUCCUCCCAUCACUAGCAGCCACCCCUCUCUCAUCCCUAUCACUAGCAGCCAUAUUCUUCUCUACAUCACUAGCAGCCAUCUCCCUUCUAGCAGCUCUUCCUACAUCACUAGCAGCCAUCCCCUUCUCCUCCCAUCACUAGCAGCCACCCCUCUCUCACCCCUAUCACUAGCAGCCAUCUUCUUCUCUACAUCACUAGCAGCCAUCCCCUUUCCCCCAUCACUAGCAGCCAUCCUCCUCUCCCCUAUCAUUAGCAGCCACCCUUUCUCCCCACCAGCAGCCAUCCUCCUCUUCCCAUCACUAGCAGCCAUCCCUCACUCAUCCUUAUCACUAGCAGCCAUCACCUUUCCCCCCAUCACUAGCAGCAGCCAUCCCCUUUCCCCCAUCACUAGCAGCCAUCCUCCUCUCCCCUAUCAUUAGCAGCCAUCCACCUGUCCCUCAUCACUAGCAGCAAUCCCUCACUCACCCCUAUCACUAGCAGCCAUCCCUUCUCCCCCAUCACUAGCAGCCACACAUUCUCCCCAUCACUACCCGCCAUUACUCUCACCCCUAUCACUAACAGCAAUCCUCCUCUCUCUGUUACUAGUAGCUAUCAUCCUCUCUCCCUCCCAUCACUUGCAGCCGUCCCCCUCUCUCCCGCCCAUAACUAGCAGCUAUCCCUCUCCUCCUCUCAUCACUAGCAGUAUAUGUCUGUUUAUGUAUGUCUCUGUAUGCCUUUCGUCUGUUUGUCUCUUUAUGACUGUGUGUAAAUCUCUGUAUGACUGCGUCUGUAUGUCCUCUGUAUAACUGUGUCUGAAUGCCUUGUUCUGUAUGUCACUGUAUGACUGUAUCUUUAUGUCACUGUAUGACUGUGUCUUCAUGUCUCUGUAUGACUGUGUCUUCAUGUCUCUGUAUGACUGUCUGCGUGUCUCUGUAUGACCGGUUGCCUGUAUGUCUGUGUAUGACUGUCUGUGUGUCUGUGCAUGACUGGUUGCUUGUAUGACUGUGUUUGUUUGUGUUCCUUUUAUGACUACGUGCCUGUAUGGUUGUGCCUUUGUGCAUGUAUGUAUUUGUACCUGUAUAUCUAUGUCUGUAUGGUUUGGGAGGAAAAAGCCAGGCAAAGGGGCUCAUGGUGGGAGAAACAGACACAGAAAGGGGCUAAGGGCAGAUAGAGACACAGAAAGUGGCUGGGGGGAAGAAAGAGACACAAAAGGGCUGUGAAGAGAAAAGAGACACACAAAAGGAGCUGAUGAGGAAGUAAGAGAAACACAAAGGUUGUGGUAGGAAGAAAGAGAUAUACAAAGGGCCUGGAGAGGGAACACAGAGUGUGCUGGGCCUCCGUGUGCAGCGGCUGUCUCUCUCCACCAUACCACCAGGCAAUCUCCCCCCUCCCUGGCAAAGUUAGAAUAUAAACACAUACAUUUAAAAAAAAAAAUGCUCCCCCCUUUCAUCCAGCACACACACACACACACAUCAUCCAACACACACAAAACAUCCAGCACACACACAUCAUCCAGCACAUACACACAAACAUCAUCCAGCACACACACACACACACACAUACACAUCAUUCAGCACACACACACACACACACACACACACACACACACACACAUCUUCCAGCACACACACACUGCAUUCAUUACACACAAUCUGCACUUACUACAAACACACUAAAUUCAUUAUACACACUCUGCACUCAUUACAAACACACUACAUUCAAUAUACACACUCUGCACUCACUACACACACUGCAUUCCUUAUACACACUCUGCAUUCACUACAUUCACUAUACACACUCUGCACUCACUACAAACACACUACAUUCACUACACACACUGCACUCACUACACAUUACAUUUAGUAUACACACUACAUCCUUUGUACACACUCUGCACUCACUACAAACACACUACAGUCAUUAUACACACUCUGCAUUCACUACAAACACACUACAUUCAUUAUACACACAAUUCAUUCAUUAUACACACUCUGCACUCACUACAAACACACUACAGUCAUUAUACACACUCUGCAUUCACUACAAACACACUACAUUCAUUAUACACACACUGCAUUCACUACAAACACACUUCAUUCAUUAUACACACUCUGCACUCACUAUAAACACACUACAUUCAUUAUACACACUCUGCAUUCACUACAAAAACACUACAUUCAUUAUACACACUGCACUCACUACAAACACAGUACAUUUAUUAUACACACUAUACUCACUACAAACACACUACAUUCAUUAUAUACACCCUGCACUGCACUAUAUGCAUAGGAGUAUAAUUUUUUUUAGUUUUUUGGGAGAUGGGGGCAGGAAUCUUGGGUGAGUUCCCACACUUUUUCACCCAGGACUUGACCCCUGUGCUAUUCAAUCUAUUACAGUGAAAAAAUGUUUUUCUUUUUAAAUGUCAAGCAUAAGCUAGUGUGACACCAGAAAUGAGUGGUGGCACUGACUGGGCAAAUGGGCACAGUAUCCACUGUGAGCCUGACACAGAAGCUGGCAGGCAGGCAACUGCAAUUACAUUACAAAAAAAAAAAAAGCAGACUGAUGUUCUAGCCCUAAAAGGGCUUUUUGGGGUGCUGUCCUUCAGGACUGUAGUGGACACUGAAUACCCUAGCCUAGCUAUCAAUUUCCCUAUCUAAUGAGCAGCAGCUACACUUUCCCUCCUCUCACUAAGCAUGCAGCUUCAGAAUUAAUCUAAAAUGGAUGCUGGGAGGGAGGUGGGAGGGUCUGGAAGGGAGGGUCUGCUGCUAAUUUGCUGGAAUGUGUCUGCUGACCGUGAGGCACAGGGUCAAAGUUUGCUCAAUGAUGACGAAUAGGGGGCGGAUCGAACCGCGCAUGUGUUCGCCCGCGGCAGAGAAUGCGAACACGCUAUGUUCGCCACGAACUAUUCGCCGGCGAACAGUUCGGUACAUCACUAAAUAUAAAAGAUGGAUAAAUUGUCAAUAUUAUAUUUAGGUGACAGUUACCCUUGAAAGGGACACUAACCUGCAGAUGAAGUGUUUUUUACAGUAGAGUCCCACCAGAGGCAGCUCUAGACUCUGAGUGGCUUUGGUCGAAACUUAAAAAUGAGGCCCAUGAAAUCAUAGUUACAUAGUUACAUAGUUACCUAGCUGAAAAGAGACUUGCGUCCAUCAAGUUCAGCCUUCCUCACAAAUGUUUUUGCUGUUGAUCCAAAAGAAGGCAAAAAACCUGGUCUGAAGCGCUUCCAAUUUUGCCACAAACUAGGAAAAAAUUCCUUCUUGACCCCAAAAUAGCAGUCAGAUGUCUCCUUGGAUCAAGCAGCUAUUACCCCACUAAUUAGAAAUUAUAUCCCUGUAUGUUAUGUUUUUGUAAGUAUUUAUCCAAUUUCAGUUUAAACAUCUGUAUGGACUCUGACAAAACCACCUCUCCAGGCAAAGAAUUCCAUAUCCUUAUUGUUCUUACUGUAAAAAAAAACCUUUUCUUUGCUUUAGAUGAAAUCUCCUUUCUUCCGGCCUAAAUGUGUAACCUCGUGUCCUAUGUAUAGCCCUGUUUAUGAAAAGAUAAGGUUUGUACUGGCCCCGAAUAUAUUUGUAUAAAGUUAUCAUAUCCUCUCUCAGGUGCCGUUUUUACAAACUAAACAGAUUUAAUUUUUUUAACCUUUCUUCAUAACUAAAAUGCUCCAUUCCUUUUAUCAAUUUUGUAGCUCAUCUCUGGACCCUCUCCAGUGCCAUGAUAUCCUUCUUUAGAACAGGCGCCCAGAAUUGCACAGCAUAUUCAAGGUGUGGUCUUACCAGCAAUUUAUAAAGAGGCAAAAUUAUAUUUUCAUCACAAGAAUUUAUGCCCCUAUUUAUACAUGACAAACUCUUACUGGCCUUAGCAACUGCAGAUUGACAUUGCAUAUUGCUGCCUAAUUUGUUGUCUAUAACAAUUCCCAAAUCCUUCUCGUGUGUGGUUAUCCCUAAUUCACUACCAUUUAGUGUGUAAGUUGCUUGUGCAUUCUUAACCCCGAAGUGCAUAACUUUGCAUUUCUCUAUGUUAAAUUUAAUCUGUAAUUUUAGUUCCCAGUCCCCCAAUCUAUCCAAAUCUCUCUGCAGCAAAGCAAUAUCCUGCUCACAUUUUAUUACUUUACAAAGUUUUGUGUCAUCUGCAAACACUGAUACAUGGCUUUCAAUGCCUAUUUCAAGAUCAUUUAUAAAUAUGUUAAAUAGAAGUGGUCCCAAAACAGAACCCUGAGGGACACCACUUACCACUUUUGUCCAGCCUGAAAAUUUACCAUUAAUUACAACUCGUUGUACUCUAUCCUUAAGGCAAUGUUCUACCCAAGAACAAGAAUAUUCAUCUAGACCAAUUUCUUUGAGUUUGAAGACUAACCUAUUGUGAGGAACCGUAUCAAAUGCCUUGGCAAAAUCCAAGUAGAUCACAUCCACUGCAACACCCUGAUCUAUACUUCUACUUACUUCUUCGUAGAAUGCAAUUAGGUUAGUUUGACAUGACCUAUGUUUCAUAAAACCAUGCUGAUUAUUGCUAAUAACAAAGUUCUUCCCAAUGAAUUCCUGAAUAUUAUCCCUUAAUAGCCCUUCAAAUAUUUUCCCAGUUACAGAAGUUAAGCUCACAGGUCUAUAAUUUCCAGGCAAGGAUUUUGAACCCUUUUUAAAUAUAGGAACAACAUCUGCCUUCCUCCAAUCCUCCGGUACAACACCUGAAACAAAAGAAUCUUGAAAAAUUAAAUACAGAGGUUCACUUAUUUCCCCACUUAGCUCCUUAAGUACUCGUGGGUGAAUACCGUCAGGCCCCGGAGCUUUAUUUACAUUAAUUUUCUUUAAUAGCUGUAGCACUUUGUCUCGAGUUAUCCAAUCACAAGUUAUUUGCAAGUUUUUUGCAGCAAUCAUUUGCAUAUCUCUUGCCAUAGGAUCCUCAUUAAUAUAUACUGAAGAAAAAUAGUUAUUUAAAAUGUCUGCUUUUUCCUGGUCUUCAUUAGCUAAUAAACCCAACUCUGUUUCAAGUGUACCUACACUUUCAUUUUUUGUUUUUUUAGAAUUGAUGUACUUGAAAAAAAUGUUGGGGUUGGUUUUGCAUUCUUUAGCUAUCAAUUUCUCAUUUUCUAGUUUAGCCACUUUAAUUGCCUUUUUGCAAGCGUUAUUGGCUUCCUUAUAUCUUAAAUAGGAUGCCUUUGAUUUGUCUGAUUUAAAUGCUUUAAAUGCCCUUUUCUUAUUUUUAAUCUCUUGUUUUACUUCUCUACUAAGCCACAUUGGUUUUAAUUUGUUUCUUUUAUAUUUAUUAUCCAAUGGUACAUACUGAGAAAUGUACCUUUCUAAAAUUUGUUUGAAUAGUUUCCAUUUAUCCUCAAUGUUUUUAUCACUAAGGAGUUUAUGCCAGUCGAUAUGUUGUAGAGCUGUAAAUCCAUAAUGUUGUAAAUCCAUAAUGAAAGCAAAAUGCAAGCAAUAAUAAAAUUUCCCUGGUGUCUUGUGGUGGUGCCUUCCAUUUUCCCCUAUGCAUGUGGAACAGUUUCCAGCCAGACUUGGCCAGAAUAUCAGUACAGCUGACUGCUGUCACUCUUUGCACCUCCUAAUAGUUGGCAACCAUAUGGUGGUGGCCCAUGCUACAGGUCCUGUUCUCUAGUUAGGUGAGGUAGGUGGCUGCGAGGCCCCAGUGAGCACAAGGCCUUAGGCGGCCACCUAUAUCACCUAAUUAGAGAGCCGCCUAUGGGUCCAACAGUGGUGGCUUAGCUAUCACAUAAUCAGACACAUCUGGACAUGCACACUAGUCUGACAGGAAGCCACACAGGUUGGCCCUUUGCAGUGAUAUCUAUGCUCAAAGCACUGUUAGAGGACUCAUAGGCCGAAUCCCUAUAAGUGUACUAUGCACAUUGUCAGCACAGCUAGUGAUCCACUUGUGAUGCACAUUCUCGGGCCAAUCCCCUGUAUUCGUAUUAUAAUACAGUAAACAUAAUACUUGCAGAUAAAUAAAUGGUGGGUAUGAAAUGUAAAUAAUUGGCCCAACUAUCCAACCGAGACACCCCCUACACCUACAGGUUCAGAGCCACUGACGAGCUUGAACCUACAAAGCAACUGUAAUACUCCUGACUAAUCUGCACCUAACCUAACCUGGCCAUUCUCCACCACUGUAAAGAAAUGGUAAAAACCCAACUACCAACAGACAGGGAGGGACAACUAACAGGUAAGUGAAGGUUUUAAUUAAAAUGGCCUGUUGAUAAAAUGGCCAAUAUAUAUAUAUAUAUAUAUAUAUAUUUCAGUCAGGUCCAUAAAUAUUGGGACAUCGACACAAUUCUAAUCUUUUUGGCUCUAUACACCAACACAAUGGGUUUGAAAUGAAACAAACAAGAUGUGCUUUAACUGCAGACUUUCCACUUUAAUUUGAAGGUAUUUACAUCCAAAUCAGGUGAACGGUGUAGGAAUUACAACAGUUUGUAUAUGUGCCUCCCACUUUUCAAGGGACCAAAAAUAAUGGGACAAUUGGCUGCUCAGCUGCUCCAUGGCCAGGUGUGUGUUAUUCCCUCAUUUUCCCAUUUACAAGGAGCAGAUAAAAGGUCCAGAGUUCAUUUCAAGUGUGCUAUUUGCAUUUGGAAUCUGUUGCUGUCAACUCUCAAUAUGAGAUCCAAAGAGCUGUCACUAUCAGUGAAGCAAGCCAUCAUUAGGCUGAAAAAACAAAACAAACCCAUCAGAGAGAUAGCAAAAACAUUAGGUGUGGCCAAAUCAACUGUUUGUAACAUCCUUAAAAAGAAAGAACGCACCGGUGAGCUCAGCAACACCAAAAGACCAGAAGACCACGGAAAACAACUGUGGUGGAUGACCAAAGAAUUCUUUCCCUGGUGAAGAAAACACCCUUCACAACAGUUGGCCAGAUCAAGAACGCUCUCCAGGAGGUAGGUGUAUGUGUGUCAAAGUCAACAAUCAAGAGAAGACUUCACCAGAGUGAAUACAGAGGGUUCACCACAAGAUGUAAACCAUUGGUGAGCCUCAAAAACAGGAAGGCCAGAUUAGAGUUUGCCAAACAACAUCUAAAAAAGCCUUCACAGUUCUGGAACAACAUCCUAUGGACAGAUGAGACCAAGAUCAACUUGUACCAGAGUGAUGGGAAGAGAAGAGUAUGGAGAAGGAAAGGAACUGCUCAUGAUCCAAAGCAUACCACCUCAUUAGUGAAGCAUGGUGGUGGUAGUGUCAUGGCGUGGGCAUGUAUGGCUGCCAAUAGAACUGGUUCUCUUGUAUUUAUUGAUGAUGUGACUGCUGACAAAAGCAGCAGGAUGAAUUCUGAAGUGUUUCGGGCAAUAUUAUCUGCUCAUAUUCAGCCAAAUGCUUCAGAACUCAUUGGACGGCGCUUCACAGUGCAGAUGGACAAUGACCCGAAGCAUACUGCAAAAGCAACCAAAGAGUUUUUUAAGGGAAAGAAGUGGAAUGUUAUGCAAUGGCCAAGUCAAUCACCUGACCUGAAUCCGAUUGAGCAUGCAUUUCACUUGAUGAAGACAAAACUGAAGGGAAAAUGCCCCAAGAACAAGCAGGAACUGAAGACAGUUGCAGUAGAGGCCUGACAGAGCAUCACCCAGGUUCCAGACUUCAGGCUGUAAUUGACUGCAAAGGAUUUGCAACCAUGUAUUAAAAGGUGAAAGUUUGAUUUAUGACUGUUAAUCUGUCCCAUUACUUUUGGUUCCUUAAAAAGUGGGAGGCACAUAUACAAACUGUUGUAAUUCCCACACCGUUCACCUAAUUUGGAUGUAAAUACCCUCAAAUGAAAGCAGAAAGUCUGCAGUUAAAGCACAUCUUGUUUGUUUCAUUUUAAACCUAUUGUGUUGGUGUAUUGAGCCAAAAAGAUUAGAAUUGUGUCGAUGUCCCAAUAUUUAUGGACCUGACUGUAUAUAGUAACAAACCCCACCCCCACUAACCAACUGUCACUUAAUUUUAAUUGGUUGCUAUGACUACUUUCUGGCCCUGUCAAGGCCCAUUCCCCAAUCUUCGCUGUUCCAUAGGCUACAUAUGUAAUGGUAACAGCAAAUAAAAUGUAAAAUGUAAAAGUGUUGAUCAGAUUAAUUUACAAAUAUAUGAAAGAUUUUUUUAAUGCAGAGCCAAGGGAUUGUGUAAUACCAAGAAUUAAAAACUAUGUGUUAAACCACAAGAUUUUUUUAAAAGCACUGUGUUAGGAUAGAAUGCUGGGAGGAGUCUGGGUAUACUAUGAUCUUUAUAAAAUCUUCAGUUGUCAGCUGUAAACUUUAACCUGUCUUCAGGCGUAGUCACACAAACACAACUUGGCCUCGCUACUAUUUACUCGUCUUUUACCUGUUAGUAAGAUUGUUCAUAGACAUACCAAGAGCUUGGUGUAUAUAGUAGGUACAGAUUGGUAUAUUCACAUCUGUUCUCUAACAAUGGGUGCCAGACAUUUCUGCUUUACAUCUAGUCUACAUACAGUGAAUGAUGGAAACAAAAUACAAGCCUUUACCAAUAUCUCCCAAGUGUCUCUAUUUAGGAGGUCCAAAAAUAGGGCAAAAUCCUUUUGUCCCAUUUUCUAGGACCUCAAUAUUGUUGAUUUGCCUAAAUGUAUAACAGAACUCCACAACAAUAAUACUCACAGUAAUGUGUCUUUAAACUGCAAUGAAUCUAUUUAGAAAUCAGUCUGGGUAAAUACGAUGCACAGUUUUUGUUCUAAUGUAUACUUUAGUUACAUAAAUUAUCUUGAUAAAUUACCCAAAAGUUCUCAAAACAGCCAUAUGAAAUGUUGGGAGGUAUAGUAACCCGGUAUACAAGUUAAGGGGGACGGGUCAGUGACACAACUGAGUGCACACCAGGCCGACCCACUGAUGGCUGCCCCUACAGGAAGCACUGUUUCAGUACUCUCAGCAGGGUCCUAAAGCCCUGAAUAUAACUCAGGCACAUCUAAUGAUAUGCUUGAUCCAUGCUUGUUGAGUACAGUUCCUUGAUGUCCCCAAAAGAUGGACACCAAAAAAUUCGGGAUGGCAGGACAGGACCUGAAAAUUGGGACUGUCACACCAAAAUAGGAAUGGUUGGGAGGCGUGCAUUUGUCAUUUGUCACCUUCUUGCAGAACAUUUAUCUCCCAGUAGCAUUUAGUCAUUCCCGAUUCAAUUUCUUAAAGGGACAGCUUAUUGUAGUUGUUCUUGUGAGUAUAGUCGGUCCCUGCAGGAUUUUUGCAGCAAACAGUCUUUUUCAGAGAAAAGGCAGUGUUUACAUUAAAGCCUAGAGACACCUCCAGUGGUCACUCUUCAGAUGGCUCCUAGAGGUGCUUCAUGAGGCAGUGCUGCACAGUGUGCAAUUAAUGUAUUUCAGUCAAAAUUUCGAAAUAAUCUGUUUAAUCAUCUUCUAUUCAUUGGUUACUGAAGAAACAUAUCAGUGUUUGUACUGAUAUAUUAAUUAAAUUAUGAAAUAAUGUAAACACUGGGUAACAAUUGUCAGUGGAAAAGUAAAUAGUUGAGUGUGAAUCAAUUAAACAGCCUGUUACAUGGUGUAGCAACAAGUAAUAGAUUGUGAACAUGUAAAUAAGGAACUAGAACAUGCCAGCUUUCAAUGCAAACUGCUACUUUAGAUUUUACAUCAGUUUUAAAGAAUUAGCUUUUCAUAAUUGUAGACCUAUGAAUAUUUUUUUCUGUAGAUAACAUAUUCUUAAAAGGGACACUAAACCAACAGAACUAUUAGUGCCCAUUAUAGGGGUUGUGGUGCUGUAGGUUUGAUGGCGCUUUUCUUGACUGGCAAGGGUUAAUAUGCAAGCUCUAGAGUUUUUCCCUACAAUCCUAUAUUGCUCCUGUAAAUCCUCUCAUCCCUGAUAGGAUGUUGUAUAUUUUUAGUCUCUACCCAGAAACUACACUGGAACUAAUAAGCCCUCUGCUUUGAUAUGGAUAUGUGACCUUUAACUGUUAAUUAAUCUGGCUCUUAGAAAUUCAGUGUUUGCCAGUGGAUGUUUUAGCACAGGACAGAUGACCUUUAAGCAGUUAUUAUGUUUUAACUUUAACUGUGGAUGUUGUUCAAGGGGGUCAGAGUUAGAAUGCACCUUUACACAUAGGAAGUCGCAUUUCGGUGGUAUUAGGUUUCUGAAAGCCAUGAAGACUUAUAUUUAGUUUUCCAAUGCACUUUCACGUGCAUGGAAAAUAAUAAAUAUCGGUGGACUGUGUGUAUGUUUCACUAUUUACAACUAUAAUUAACCAUUUCUGACACGUUUUAUUUUUAAACUGGUAUUGAGCUAUCCUAGUACUUACACCAGGAAAAAAAGCACAUACAAGGUAAAUCAUGUUGCCCAUGGCUGUGCCAGUAGAGGUUAACAAAUUAUAACAAAUUUUAUGUACUCUGUGGUUUUUACACCUCUUUGUAAAUUGACUCAGCUUUUUUUUAAUUACAUAUUACAGGUUUUUGUUUUUUUUUUAUGUAUGGUGGAUCUGUACAUAUAUUUUAUAAUUUUUUCUUGUGGUUAUAUUUAUUAUUUGGCAUAUUAAUAGGCGUAUUAUUAAUAAUCCAGCUACUGAAUUUUGCUUAGGAUACUUACCGGUAUAUGUGCUAGACAGAAUUGCUUAGUCAUUCAGAAUAUUUGUUAAUUGUACAAGUAAACAAAUAAAAAAAAAAUCUAUUGCUAGUGGUAAAAGAGAGAAUCACAGUCAUGCUAUACUGUAGUGCUAUAAUUACCCCCUACAGAUUCAUCUGUAGGAAAAGGUUACUGAUUGCACAAGGUUUGAAUUCCUGUUGGUAAUUAUAAGGCAUUUGAUUUGAUUAAGCUAGUUACUUGCUGUUGAUUGCUGGUUAAUUAGCUAUUGUUUGCAAAUAAGCAGAGGCCUACCCAGGUGUUAAUCAUUCCUAGUGGGCGGUGAUUUUAGGAGUUAUAUAAGGCCUGGUUCCAUUAGCUUGUCUAAUAUAGCUUGGUGCUACUUCCAAGUGCUGUUUCUAAGUGUGUCGUUGGAGAUAUUCUGGAGAGUUUUACAGAAGCUUCAACUGUCUAAGAGUUGUGCUAAGAGCUUUCUUUUCUACUGUUACAGGUAAGAUUCAUCUGUAGGAAAAGGUUACUGAUUGCACAAGGUUUGAAUUCCUGUUGGUAAUUAUAAGGCAUUUGAUUUGAUUAAGCUAGUUACUUGCUGUUGAUUGCUGGUUAAUUAGCUAUUGUUUGCAAAUAAGCAGAGGCCUACCCAGGUGUUAAUCAUUCCUAGUGGGCGGUGAUUUUAGGAGUUAUAUAAGGCCUGGUUCCAUUAGCUUGUCUAAUAUAGCUUGGUGCUACUUCUAAGUGCUGUUUCUAAGUGUGUCGUUGGAGAUAUUCUGGAGAGUGCUGUUUCUAAGUGUGUCGUUGGAGAUAUUCUGGAGAGUGCUGUUUCUAAGUGUGUCGUUGGAGAUAUUCUGGAGAGUGCUGUUUCUAAGUGUGUCGUUGGAGAUAUUCUGGAGAGUGCUGUUUCUAAGUGUGUCGUUGGAGAUAUUCUGGAGAUAAACUGGAGGUAAUCUGAGGUAUUCAGGAGGAUAAAUAAAAAAGUUAAGAUUUGUUCGAUUUAUAUUAUUCUUAUAAUUGGAAUGGCAGGUUUAGUUCAGUGUAACAAUUGCUAUGCAUUUGUUUCACGUUCCACUUUUUGGAGGUUUGGUUGUUGUCUAAUCUGUAGACAGUUCUCUAUCUUGCGGCAGGAGAUUGUAUUUUUGAAGUCUGAGAUUUGUAAAUUAUCUGGUGAAGAAACUCAGACUGGAACUGCUGCAAAGCCACUGCCGCAGAGACAUGCUAGGAAAGGCAGAUGGAUUACUGUAGGAUCUGGUAGACUUAGAGUUGUGGAUAAAAGGCAUUUUGCACAGUCUGUUGCUCUUCAUAAUUCAUUUUCUGCACUUUCAGAGUGUAAUGGUGUUGUGGAGAGAGGCACUGAGGCUGGUGGUGUUGUAGUGGUGUUGUGGAGAGAGGCACUGAGACUAGUGGUGUUGUAGAGAGAGGCACUGAGGCUAGUGGUGUUGUGGAGAGAGGCACUGAGGCUAGUGGUGUUGUAGGAGAGAGGCACUGAGGCUAGUGGUGUUGUGGAGAGAGGCACUGAGACUAGUGGUGUUGUGGAGACCGGCUUGGAGACUAUGGUGAAGCCUAAUAGAAAGCAGUUGUUGUUGGGUGAUUCCAUUAUAAGAGGUGUGGAGAUGGACAAUGGUGGUCUUGUGAGGUGUCUUCCCGGAGCUACUGCUCACAGAGACAGGAGACGUAUCUGUAAUAUUGUUAAGCAAGCAAAGCAGGAAGGGGAAUUGGAUGUACUUGUCCAUCUAGGGACAAAUGACUUGGCUUGCAAUGAGGUUUCAGAGGUUAAGGAAGUUUUUAGUGUUUUUGCCAAUGAUAUACGGCAGGUUGCUUCCACACUGUCAUUCUCUGAAGUUCUGCCUGUGCAUAACACUCAGAACGACAGGCGGAUGCGUAUUAGGGACUUUAAUUUGUGGCUUGGUGAAUGGUGUCGGGAGCAAGGAUUUGGCUUUAUUUCUCAUGGUAGCUCUGUUUGGAAUGGAGAUAAGCUGUACAAAAAAGAUGGUUUGCAUCUUUCUCAAAAGGGAACAAAUGUUCUCAGUGAGCAGUUCAGAGGUUUUGCUAGGAUGUAUUUAAACUAGGAGGGGGGGGGCAAAAGGGUGAUAAAACAUCAAUCCAAUUGUCCCCCAAAACAAGGACAGAAGGUGCCUGUAGCAAGUGUGUUAAAAAUGAUAAGCUUAGAGUCAUGUCUACAAAUGCUCGCAGUUUAGGGAAUAAGAUCCAUGAACUUGUGGCAAUAAUGGCAACUGAUAGUGUAGAUUUAGUCGCUGUUACUGAGACAUGGUACAAUGAGAAAAAUGACUGGGACAUAGCAAUACCAGGGUACUCUUUAUAUAGGAAAGAUAGGGAAGGCAAGAAAGGGGGAGGGGUGGCCUUGUAUGUGAAGGAUAGCAUAAAAUCUAGCCUAAUAAAAGUUAGUGAGGCAAACAUAGAGUCCGUUUGGGCUACGUUAGAAUUUGGUAAUCACACAGUAACUCGUGUAGGUGGGAUUUAUAGGCCCCCAGGACAAAUUGAAGAGUUAGAUAAUCUACUAGUUGAGGAAAUAGCUAAAAUGACAAUGAAGGGGGAAGUUAUCAUCAUGGGUGACUUUAAUCUUCCUGAUGUAAAUUGGAAAACAAAAUUAGCUACUUGUGCCAGGAGCACACAUAUUCUAAACUCCCUACUGGGAUUGUCUCUAAAACAAGUCGUUGAGGAGCCAACUCAUAAAGAUGGCAUACUAAAUUUAGUGUUAACAAAUGGAGAUUUGAUAUCAGAUAUUACUGUAGGUGAAAGUUUAGGAUCCAGUGAUCAUCAGUCAGUGUGGUUUAAUAUAAGAACAGUGACUGAGUCACACCACACAAAAACAAAGUUUUAGACUUUAGAAAAACAGACUUUUCUAAAAUUAGAAUAUGGGUAGAGGAGUCAUUAUCAGACUGGAGCAAUUUAAAUGGAGUCCAAGAGAAAUGGGAUUAUUUAAAAGUUGCACUAUUGAAGGCAACAGAAAAUUGCAUUAGGCUUGUCAGUAAAAGCAAAAAAUUCAAGAAACCACUGUGGUACUCCGCAGAUGUGGCCAAAAUAGUUAAAAACAAAAAGUUAGCAUUUAGGAAUUAUAAAAAAACCCAGAGUGAGGGAGACAAAAUGAUCUAUAAGAUUAGGCAGAAAGAGGCUAAGCAAGUUAUAAGAGCUUCCAAAUCACACACAGAAGAGAAAAUAGCACAGUCAGUAAAAAAGGGGGAUAAAACAUUUUUUAGAUACAUAAAUGAGAAAAGAAAAGUAAAACAAGGAUUAGUUAGAUUAAAAACAAAAGAAGGAAGGUAUGUAGAAGAGGAUAAAGGUCUAGCUGACUGCCUCAAUGAAUAUUUUUGUUCUGUAUUUACAGAUGAAAAUGAAGGAAAGGGACCUCAGUUGAGAAAAAGGAUAAAUGAGUCAUUUAUUACACGUGAGUUUACAGAGGAAGAGGUUCUAUUUCAACUGUCAAAAGUAAAGACAAAUAAGUCAAUGGGACCUGAUGGAAUACACCCAAAGCUAUUAAAAGAGCUUAGUGGUGUACUAGCAAAACCAUUAACAGAUUUAUUUAACCAAUCAUUGUUAACAGGAGUAGUCCCAGAAGAUUGGAAGUUAGCGAAUGUUGUGCCCAUUUACAAGAAAGGUAAUAGGGAGGAGUCGGGCAACUAUAGGCCAGUAAGCCUUACUUCAGUAGUGGGGAAAGUGAUGGAAACCAUGUUAAAGGAUAGGAUUGAUGAACAUCUAAAAACACAUGGAUUUCAAGAUCAGAGACAACAUGGGUUUACUUCAGGGAGAUCAUGCCAAACAAAUCUUAUUGAUUUUUUUGAUUGGGUAACUAAAAUUAUAGAUCAGGGUGGUGCAGUAGACAUUGCUUACCUAGAUUUCAGUAAGGCUUUUGACACUGUUGCACAUAGAAGGCUUAUCAAUAAACUGCAAUCUUUAAGUUUGGAUUCCAAUAUUGUUGAAUGGGUAAGGCAGUGGCUGAGUGACAGGCAACAGAGGGUUGUAGUUAAUGGAAUAUAUUCAAGCUUGGACUUGUCACCAGUGGGGUACCUCAGGGAUCUGUACUUGGACCCAUUCUCUUUAAUAUUUUUAUGAGUGAUAUUGCAGAAGGUCUUGAUGGUAAGGUAUGUCUUUUUGCUGAUGAUACUAAGAUAUGUAACAGGGUUGAUGUUCCAGGAGGGAUAAGCCAAAUGACAAAUGAUUUAGGUAAACUAGAAAAAUGGUCAGAAUUGUGGCAACUGACAUUUAAUGUGGAAAAGUGCAAGAUAAUGCAUCUUGGACGUAAAAACCCAAGGGCAGAGUACAGAAUAUUUGAUAGAGUUCUAACCUCAACAUAUGAGGAAAGGGAUUUAGGGGUGAUUAUUUCUGAUGACUUAAAGGUAGGCAGACAAUGUAAUAGAGCAGCAGGAAAUGCUAGCAGAAUGCUUGGUUGUAUAGGGAGAGGUAUUAGCAGUAGAAAGAGGGAAGUGCUCAUGCCAUUGUACAGAACACUGGUGAGACCUCACUUGGAGUAUUGUACACAGUACUGGAGACCGUAUCUUCAGAAGGAUAUUGAUACCUUAGAGAGGGUUCAGAGAAGGGCUACUAAACUGGUUCAUGGAUUGCGGGAUAAAACUUACCAGGAAAGGUUAAAGGAUCUUAACAUGUAUAGCUUGGAGGAAAGACGAGACAGGGGGGAUAUGAUAGAAACAUUUAAAUAUAUAAAGGGAAUCAACACAGUAAAGGAGGAGACUAUAUUUAAAAGAAGAAAAACUACCACAACAAGAGGACAUAGUCUUAAAUUAGAGGGACAAAGGUUUAAAAAUAAUAUCAGGAAGUAUUACUUUACUGAGAGGGUAGUGGAUGCAUGGAAUAGCCUUCCAGCUGAAGUGGUAGAGGUUAACACAGUAAAGGAGUUUAAGCAUGCGUGGGAUAGGCAUAAGGCUAUCCUAACUAUAAGAUAAGACUAGGGACUAAUGAAAGUAUUUAGAAAAUUGGGCAGACUAGAUGGGCCGAAUGGUUCUUAUCUGCCGUCACAUUCUAUGUUUCUAUGUUUCCACUACAGCAGAAACUGAUCUGCUGAUAAUGAAUGAUGAAUGUAGAUAACCUGUUAAGUAUAGCUGAGAAUGUGUAGAAUCUAGAAUCUAGAAUCAAGUAUGAAAUCUGACGAGUCUGAGAGUACCUUGAACAUGCUCAGUCUGCUCCUAGAGAUGAUUUUUAAGUCCCCCAUUAAAUUUCCAAUAGGUGGUCUGAAUUGGAUGCCAAGCAGCGCUGUAUUUUUAACGAGGCUCACAAGGCAUUUGCCUUGGGCGGCACUUUCAGGGCGGCGGCAAAAAAUGCCGCCCCCCAAGCACCCUGGCAUGUGCCCUGUUAGCCUCUCUUGUGGAGGACCCAAGAGCUGGCCGGCUGGCCCAGAGGUGUUCAAGCCUCUCACAAUGCGGGCAGCGAGGGAGAACUGUCAUCUGAGCUCCUCCUGCUCAGCUCCCUCGUGUGCCCCGCAGUGCUCCCUUGCUACCCGCAUAGGCUGACUGACCGCCGGCCCGUUUGUUUACUUGUGCCUGCCUGCUGCCUGUGCCUUCAUGCAUGCCCUCCCAGCAGCAGGAGCCAGCCCCACUGGACCCCAGGGAAGAAUCCACUCCAGCUCUCCCAAAUGAAAAUUAAAUUACAUAUAAAUUGUGUGUUAGACAAUAUGUCUGAGUUUUUCAGUAUGAGGGUGUCAGUCAGUCUUUCUGUGAGUGAGUGAAUGUGUGUGUGCCUGUCAGUGAAUGUGUGUGUCUGUCAGUGAAUGUGUGUGUCCAUGAGUGAAUGUGUCUGUCAGUGAAUGUGUGUGUGUGUCUAUCUGUCAAUGAAUGUGUGUGUCUGUCAGUGAAUGUAUGUGUGUGUGUUUGUCACUGAAUGUGUAUCUGUUAGUGAAUGUAUGUGUCUGUCAGUGUAUGUCUGUAAGAGUGCCUCUGUUAGUAAAUGAGUGUGUGUCUGUUAAUGCAUGUGUGAGUGACUGUGUAUCUGUUAGUGUGUGUGUCUGUCAGUGUGCAUCUGUUAGUGAGUGAAUGAGCACUUGCCAAUCACAAACACUUCUGAUCUUUCUCACAUUUUUAUCCUCCUGACUGCCCAUAAUGUCUACACCAUGAAAGAUUACUUGAAGAGUGACGGAGUUGCAACACUCAGUGACGGAUAUGUUUGAUGCCUCCCACACAUCUAGUCAGGCACGCCAAGAUAUUGGCUGGGAAAACCAGAUAGUGUGCUCUUCCCCACAAACUUUGGAGGGUUCCAUGGGCUCCUAUUGGGGAAAGAAUGAAGCAAGCCAAAUCCUGGGAAAACUCACAGAGGUGAAUACAUAUUUAGCCAAAGGAUUCAAGCGUAGCUCAAAUGAAGUUAAAGCCAAAAUCUUGCCCAGGGCUCCCGUACUACUACUGUUAAACAGAGGCUGAAGUAGGUGGUAAGGACUCACAACUUGAUGUUGAGCACUCCAACAAGCUCAUCCAACACCUGGAAGUACCUUAAGUGACCAUAGAAGAACAAUCUUAUAAAUCCAGGAAAAACAAACUGAGAAUAAGAGGACUUUCAGCGCGGUCCGAGAGGGCUUCCUAGCGGAUGUCAUUAUGGCCACCCUGAGACCUUUGUUGCCAGACCACCAGUGACACAUUAAUAGGGCGCACUGUGUACUGAGGACAUGGCGAGACGAUCGAGAAACCAUCUGUGAUGUUAUCAUCCACUUUCACCAUUACCAAACAAAAACGGCAAAUCUCCAACACAGCAGGGACAGUCUGGUCACUUACAAGGAAAAAGAGCUCCAUCUCUAGCUAUCCUCCUGAGCCCUGAGACACAGAAAAUGGAAACAAAUUUGUAGAGACACAAUGGAAUACAUUUUCAAUGGGGCCAUCUAUUCCAGAUAGUGGCUUUCAGAGAAGGGAGAUCCAGAAUGCUGAUGCCCAGCUCCGAAUCUCUCUGUCGCCGCCUUUCUGUGGAGCAUGGGUGUGGAGAUCCCUGAGUGCGCCAUCCUACGCCCUCCCCCCCAUGAGACCGCAUUCAUCCUAUCGCUUCCCAGUGGUAUAAGGCCAAAGAGAAGGCCACCUGAAUGCCUGGCUCAGAGCAGAGGAUGCUUCUGUAUUCAGGCUUAGAGUGGUCAGUAAGACCAUAUAGAGACUCCCUGCCUAUGGCCAAGUGGGAAUGGUUCAUAAUACCAAACACACCUAUAGUUUCACUGUUCUCCCACAGAAUGCUAAAGUUACCUUCACUUGCUCUAUUUGUCUGAUUAGCACAUCUCAGCUAAAAGCCUUUUUUUGUUUCUAUAUUUUGAAUAAUUUAAAGUUUUAACAUGAGGGCUCUUCUACAUGCAAGUGAGAAUAGGUUUACUUUCUUAUGUGUUGUUCUAUGUAAAAUAAUAUAUUUACUUCAUGUGACAUCUCAGAUACAAUUUGGCUUUAUCUGAUUUAGCAAAAUCAUAAUACAAAAAAAUAUAUAUAUUUUAUGCCAUACAAGAUUUUAUCCUGACUGCUAGAUUGAAAACCACAGUUCUUAACCAUUAGGCUACAGUUAAGCACAAACACUUAUUCACUAAAGUCUGAAUGGCCCUAUACCGAAUGGGGGAAAAAACAUACACUAUGUAUGGGGCCAAUUAAACUGCAAACUUCGGACAUUGUUGACUUGUUUAAAAAAAUCAGGCUCAGAACAAGCCUGAGUUUGUUCCAUAUUUCAGCCACACUGUUCUGGAUGGCAAAUCCAGGACAGAUACUUAAAAUUGGAAUUGCAUACCCUACCCCUGGACAUUUGGUUAGGUCUUUAAAUUAAAUAUGGCCCCCAUACCUUUGUCCACUGCCAAAUUUUGCCCAUUGUUGCUAACUGUGUGGGUGGCUAAAAGUCACAAAGCCCAUUGCUACCCCCCUAAUGAUAAAAUCCUGCCUACUCCCCUUGACCUAAAAAUAGUGAGGGGGCAAGACAUGUAAUACUGGUUAUGAAAAUGUAUAUUUACCAUCUUUAUCGUCUUCUUAGUAACUUCAUGACGUUAAGACAUGUCAUUACCUCAUAACUAUCCAUAACACCAUUAGGAUAUAUUGAGAUGCCCUAAAGUUUGGUGUGAUUAAGAUGCUCUGAGUGCAGUACUCAAAUUGAACACUGCAUAUUGCCCUUUAAAUGGGGAUUUAAAUUUCCAUUGACUACAAUGUGACAUGAGCAGGGAUAAAUCCCUACUCACAUGAGGAGAUCCAGGUAUCAGUAGAUACCUGUGGUUCUCCUUUGUCAGCUGGGGCUAUUUUAGUGGCCCUAGACUGAUACGCACUGUAAGCAGCACUCAAACUGGUAUUGUUUGUCUUUUAUUCGUAGUCCCACUUGCUGUCAAUGGGUGGGGGCUGGUUGGGACAUUAGGUCCUCCCUAGUUAUUAAAUUAAUAGACCCAACCCACCACUAGCUGCUCACUGUUUAAUAGAUAUACCCCCAACUGCAGCAUGGCCGAUGAGAGCAUAAGGGAGAUUAAAAACAUUCCAUGGUACUAACGUAGUUAACCUAUAACUGUUAAGCAUUACUUAUUCUCAAUUGUUUUACAUAUAUCUAUUCUGAUAGUAUAAUCGUCUAAUUAAGCUGGUUAAUAUUCUACGAAUGUGAAAAUACUCAUGCUACUAACAAACGUGGGUUAAUCUUGCAUUACGCUUAGCUUGUUCAUAACUCAAAAUUUAAAAAUUGUGCUGAUACUCUUAUGCCAUAAAUGUACAGCUACUGUGUUCACAUCUUUUAAAUAUGCUGCUGUGGCAUUUACAUAUGAUUUGUUACUCCAUGCACAGAGAAAAAUAAAGAAUAAAAAAAAUAAAAAAAUAAAAACAUUCCAUAUAGCCACACUUUUUUAAUGUGGCAGUUGACUAGCAAGUGCUGGCUAGCCACCAAAUUAUUGACUCUGACGCUUCCAACAACUUUUUAAAUAUUUGCUUACUGUCUGCUAGUGUAGUCAGAGGUCAAGUAGUAUUUAGAAUUAUUGUUUACUUGCAAAAACCUUACAUGUAAGUGAACAAUAAUUUGGAAAUGUACAUCCUGCUGGAUACAUUUGGUCAUGAUUCAGUUAAAAAUCAGCGCUUUGAAUAUAUCCCGGAUUUUAUACUUUCUAUGGGGUUCAGUUUUAAAAAGUACAGAUUUAAAACCAGACAUUGAACUCUUCCAGCUGAAUGAUACAGAUUCAGUCAGACAGAAUUUAGACCAGAACUGACGUUCGCAAAUAUGAGAAUUGCCAUUCCGUGAUGGGUGUUAGUCAACCACAGGUAGACUCUGGCACAUCACCAUCUUAAACAGGUUGAGUCUGGCAUAUCACCGUCUUAAAUCUUCACCAGUUUUCGUGCAUUAUAAUUCGGAACUAAUGCCAUCUAUGCCUUACUACUGAAUAAUCUAAAUCCGAAGUAAAAAAUCCUGAGCUUUCUUAUUUUAUAUGUUUGUAUAAUUAUUAAUCAUCAUAAGGAACACGGUCUUUAAUCUUAGUGUAAUAAGGGUUAGUAUUUAGUUAUAGUUAGCCAUUAAAGGCAUCAUAUUGAUUGAGGCUGUGUCAAAAACACAUGGAAAUUAUAUCAACAGGUGAGAGUGUGAAAAACCAAGAGGUAAAAAUGAAUGAUAUUAAUAAACUGACAGAUGGCACAGUUGGAGAGGUGAGUUACAAUACUGUUAUCUGUCUCCUGGAUUUAUGAAAAGUGUGUCUAUCAACAGAGGAUAAACACUGUCCUUACAUAGGGACAAAGUGAACAUGUCACACAGUGUAUUCUUUUACAGCUUCCUUUACACAGUACAGUUAAGGCAAUCACAGAGUAUGUGUGCUGUGCAUAGGUUUUUUUCCCAUAUAUUCUACACACCAUAGUCACUGUAGUGUUUUGUAAAUCCUUUAUAGUACAAAAUCAUAAAAUUAUAUAACAAUUACAGAGAACAUAUACAGAGCUGUAAUAUAAAAUGAUAAAACGCUCCAAAUUUUUUAUUCAGUUCUUGAUAAAUUAGGAAGAUUUUUUUUGCUUCAAUACAACUUUAAUGCAUUUGAUAGGUUUUUUUCCUCAUUAAUAUGUUGAGUUUUUGUUUUUGCAUGCUGAAAUCUUUAUAGUUUUUGCACAACAAAUAAAUGUUUUGCAGCACUAUAAGCCUGCUUCUUUAACACUGCCCCAUCGCUCCAGAAAAUGACUUCCUUAUUAAAAGUAUGUACACUGACAAUACUGAAUGAUCUGAACUACAAAAUAUACCUAUUUGGGUCCAUCCGCACCAACUUCAUCUAUGAGGGUUUGUAAGUCUUGUUUUACUUACCUUUCAACCCUGCAGUCUCCAGCUUGCCUCCCUGCUUCCUUGGCUGAGAUUAUUAAGAUUGAUGAUCUCAGCCAAGCUAAUGCGCAGCAUUGGUCCCUAGUAACACCUCUAGAAGCAGUCACACAGACGGCCCCUAAAAAUGCUAACUAGUCAACUGCUGCAUAGUGUCCAGCACUGGUGUUCAACAUCUCCACAGCUUGCAUGGAUGCACUAAACAUUCUGAUUGGCGCAGGGUGGCUUUUUGUCGCUUAUGUGCAAUAGCCUCCCAAUUCUUUCUGAUGGGAAAGCUUUGGAUUGGCUGAGAUCAUCAAGACUGAUAAUCUCAGCCAUAAAGGCAGAGCCAGCCUUUAAAGCUUUUGUGUCCCUUUAAAUAUAUUUAUUGAUUUUAUUUUUUGUGCUCCACCUUUAAUUUAGUUUAGCUCUUUGUGUGCUUUUCAAAGAGUUAUUCACUCUCUUGUAGCAGCAUAUUAAUUUAUCACAUUCACAGCUGAAUUUGAGCUGUUCACAAUUAUUUCACAAACUCUUGUCAGUAAGACUGAGUACAGGGUAUUUUUUAUACCUAAACCCUUACAAUGAUGCCAAGUUGUUAUGGUGCUUAGAGUAAUGUUUGUAAUAAAGUAAAAAGGUAUAGCGUUUACUAUUAUUUCCCCUUUUGUUUUGGCCUCUAGCCCAUAUAUACGCACUAUACUAUCAAUCACAAAUGCAUUUGAACUCAGGAAAAAACUUACAACAAAAGGGAAUGUGUGCAGUUCCGGGGCAAAAUUAAUGGUAACUCAAUUGUUAUUGGGAGAAUUACAACAUUAGUAAGGCUUUCACCCUACUAUUUGCAGAAGCAAAGAUGUACAUGCAAAGAUUCUGGUAUGAUUGCCACAUUGGUAGGAGAGUCAGUGUAUUUGUAAUUUUAGAAUAAAGCCAGCAUGCACUGUGUAAGCCCUGUGUGCAAUAUGAUAGUUUUUGAAGACUUUUGGAAAAUAUGUCCCGUUGAUUCUUGACUAAAAAAAAAAAAAAACUAUGUAAAAGUCACAAUUUAUCUUGCAGAAGGGGUUAACUGUUUCAAAUUGUGUCCCAGAGAAAGAGGAAGGGAAACUCAAACAAAAAGUCAUUGCAAUGCUUUCUUAACCAAAGGAACCCAAACUGCUUGCACUGCAGUUCUUAGCUGAUAGCAUCAUGGGGGAACUAUGACUCAAAUGCACCUCUUAUCACUUGCAGUUUUUACAUUUCCUCUCACAAAUGGUCCCAUUAGCAGGGUGGCCAGAUCCACCAUGUUUAUCAGGACAUCAUUUUGUCAUAUUUUUGAAAAUGCUUGCCCUGCAGUAUGUAUGAUGCAUAUUCUGCAGGGUUCUUCAUUGCCUUUUGCCUCAUUGCAGGAUUCUUCAUUGCCUAAUCUUAUACACCUUGUGCUGCCCAUCAAUAUAUAUAUAUAUAUAUAUAAUAUGUGUCCCAGAAAACGUGGAUCUGGUCAGCCUGACCCUUAGGCUACUUGAAGGAAAGAGUAUUGGGGUUUGAUUAAUUAGCAAAUUAGACAUUAUUUUUUACAUGCUAUAUUAAUUAUAAAUGUGUCUUUGUAUGUUUGACAGUUCACUAUAACUAAACUACAUUUAGUCAUACAUUCAAUGAUGUUAUGGAGGUCACUUAGGGAGAAUAGUGCAGGACAUCAACACAUUCAUUAAACAAGAUUUACAGCAAUACUACUCAUCAUGGCAUGUAUUUACCAUUGUUAGUUUAAAAUAGAGUAUGAUUAAUAGAGGCAAGCCAACUGCACUUCUUACCCCGAUCCAAAUUGCAAUAACUGCAGGAGCAUCAACAGUAAGGAAAAACAGGUUUUUACCAGGGUUUGAAUGAUAGUCAUUCUGAUUGCUUAAAAUUUGGGGAUAUUUUUUGGAUUUGCUAUAUAUUUUUAUUGUUGUUUUUGUUGUAUGGAUUGUUGAGUUUAAGCCCAUAAAAUGUGUUUUUGAGGUCUAUAAUGGAAAAACCCAUAUGCAUUUGUUUAUCGAGUAAUAAUUAGCAGUCAAUGUUAUAACAUAAAUAUACAUUCAGUAUAUGCGUAAAUAUUCCUAUACAUUAACAUGCACAAAAUCUUGCACUCAAGGACUUCAACAAUAUUUGGCCUGGUGCAAUAUUUAUUGGGUAAUACAUACUACAUAAAAACGGCACUCUAGGGACAUCUUGGUAAAGAACACACAUUGCAAUUUAUUCACUCACCUUUUCAUUUUUACAUCACUAACUUUCCUAUAGACAGGCACUAGAAAUGGAGUCAUUAAACUACCUAAAUCAUAUAUGCACUUUUUAAAAAAAAUUUUUUGCUUUGCCAAACAAAACAUUUAUACUUCUGGACUGAUUACCAGCUCGUACAACAAAAUUCUCUGCCAGGAGCCCAAUCCACCAAUUUAACAUCUGCAAAUGUCCUGCAAAUGACAGCUUUACCUUCCUCCUUCCAAAUAAUAGGAAGCUUUAAAAAUCCUACCAUCAGGGAGAAGGAGAAGUGAACGUAAUCUCUUCCGCGCCUAUUAGUAUUGAAUUAACAUUACAGAGAUUGCUAUAAAACUUACAUAACCUGUACUUACUAUAUAUAAAUGCAGACAUUCAUUGUAUAUUCUGUUGACAUUUUCUGUAAGCUGCACUGCCUUUAGGGUUCUCAUAAAUACCUACAAGGAAGAUAUUUCACCAUUUUUAUGUAUCUAUAUUUAUCACAAAAAUCUUAUUUUUUUAUUAAAAGAUUUCUCCAACCAUCAUAUUCGCUAUACUCACUGACAGACACACAUACUCACUGACAGAAACACACAGACACUCACUGACAGACACACACACACACUGACAGACAGACACACACACACACAGACACACACAUUUACACAUUCUUGCACACACCUCAUUUUCUUUAUUGCUCCCUACCUUUAGGAGCCGAUGUGGGACUUCUCCCUGCAGAUCUUCUAUCUGCUCCUCACUGCUCCCUCACACGCAGUUUAAUGAUGCCGGGUGCCGGAAUAUGACGUCUGAUUCCAGCGCCCGGCUUCUCAAAAGACGGCGCUCUAGGAGCUCUGAGGAGCAGGAACACGGAGCUCAAUCGCUGGCCAUCCUCCCGGCCGAGUAAGUUUUAGCAGAGUAGGCACCUGCAAUGUGGGGAAAGCAGGUGCCUACUCUGCUAAAACACUAAGCAUGUACUCGCGGCUCUACAUCACUACACUUGACAUGUUUGCUCUACAUAAACAUGUUGUUUGUGUAGUCUGAAAAUCUCCCCAUUUAACAUGUAAACAAAAAGUGAAAAUGAGGAUUUGUUUCAAAAUAUGGAGUUAACAAGCACAUUGGUUGAAAUAUACUUUUAAAUAAAGUAUUUCCUUUUCAUUUAAAAGAUAAAAUAUGUUGCAUGUUUUUAAUGCCUUUUAAUUUAUCUUAGUCACAACAUGUAACAAUGUAGAAUAUUUCACAUUUACUAUGCAUUGUGAAGGUGUCAUGCUAAAAACACAGCGAGGUACUUUGAUAUGCAUUAAAUAAAUUCAACAUCAAAUAUCUGUAUUAACCAGCCACACUAUAUAGAGACACAAAAAGACAUAUACAGAUUUUAGCUGAAAAGAAUAACCAUCCAAAUGAUUUUUUCCCAUGUUCUGGAAAGUAAUGUGUAAAUAUUUAAUCCUGGGUGUGUAGUCAAAGGUAUAUUUUAAAUACUUUUGUAAAAAUCAAACAAGCUAUAUUGCCCAAAGCAGUUUCCAGCACAUUGCAUUCAUAUAUUAUUAUUUUUCCCUAAACUUCCAUACAGCCUCCAUAUUGCAUCAAUAAACCUCGAUUUACUGCACCACCUCUUGUAAAUUGCAUAGGGUUCUAAAUUGCUUCUAUAUUCCUACAUAUUGCUGCUGCAAUGUUUACGGUUUCCAUUUAGAUUCACAUAUUGCUCACGUAUAUCCCCAUACUGCUGCCACAUUGCUACAAAAAUCCAUUCAAUACCUUUAUUGCACCCCAAUAUUGCCACCAUCGUAUAUGCUAGUCCUACUUACACAAAGCUCAGAGUUUCAAGGUUCAUUUUUAUGUAUGAAGACUAAGGGCCUUCAUGCAAACAUACAAAUGAAAGACAUUUACUUUUUGGGAUGCUUCAAUACUAUUACUGUUGCUGCUACCCUCAAUUGCACUGUGCUGGUUGGGCUUGCAUUAAUUUGUUGUCACUUUCUUUCAUUUGAGUACCAUUAAAUUGGGUAAUAGUAAUUGGGCAAAUGUAACAUCCCCAGGACGUACUUGGAAACCAGAGCAAUCUGAAUGUACCUUCCCUGGUUAAAUACCACUUGUACUCGUUCACGGACAUAAGGUCUGACAUAUUGCAAAGCUGUAACACGGUCUAAAACUGUGUAACUUAAAAAAGGUACAUCUUGCAAAUUUAAUUUUCUUUGCAAUAAACAUAAUUUACUUGCAAAUGCCUGAAUAGUGAAUACACAAUGUUAAGCUAUCAGGAAUACCUUGAAAAUCAGGUGCACAGUAUUUUGUUAUUGAAGGGUUUAAAGGACAACUGUUAUCAAAUGUUCACUUCUCACUUCUCUAUGUUUGUUUUUUUCAUGAAUGAAAUAAUAAUAACGAAGCUUAAUUUUUUUCAAUUAUGUAUUCACUUUUUAUCUGGCUGAGCAGACAUUUUGGGCUAGAUUCUACUGUUAUCUGAUUAAUUGCUGCCCAACCCAAUUUGUGUGCUGCUGCAGGUUCACACAGAGCAAUUUCAGCAGCUGUGAAGUUAUGCUGAUCACUAGUUGGUCAUAUAAUAGUAGAAUCUGAUCCAAGAUGGCUGAUCAGCCAGAUUAAAAAGGGACAUUUUCUAAAAAAACAACAAAACUAAAAAAACACAAAAAACAAUAUAUAUCAUUUACAAAAAGUUAAUUACAUUUAAUACAAUUUUUUGUUUGUGAAAUGCAUACAACAGCAAAAACCUCAGGUCAUGAUGAUGACUAUUGUCUGUGGUUACCUUCCUAAUACUGUGCAGAAUUUUUUUUUUGUCUUUGUAGUCUUGCUAAACCUGCAAGAGACAGUGGUGCAACAAAAAUCACUCUAUUGUGGUUCCUUCAAGACAAAAAAGGAAAUAGCUGUAAGUCUUAGCUUCAUUUUUUGAAAGAGCUGAAGAAAUAAAGUAGUAAAUAUUACAAGCCACGGAGACACAGUGGAAAACAAUUAUGAAAAAGGGACAUAAAAAAAAAACUUUUGUGGAUUACAUGGAACCAUUCUAACAGACUUAAUUUCCUGAUAGGUGGUAUCACGGAAAUCUCUCACGUCAUGCAGCUGAGGCUCUGCUUCUCACGAACGGACAAGAUGGGAGUUACCUCCUGAGGAAGAGUGAUUCAAAAGACAAUGUAUAUUCGCUCUCAGUGAGGUAAGUAACUUUUGUAUGAGUUUGUUGAUUUACCUUAUAGAUAGCAACUCCAUAACUAUUUCAGUGGUGUAUUUAGGUUUUGUGCUGCCCUAGGUAGGACGGUGCUCGGGUACCCCCCCAAUUUACAUUUUCCCCACCCCUUCCUGUCAAGGCCGCACAUUGACUGACAGACACUCACUCACUGACAGACACACACUCACUGAUAGACGCACACACUCAUUGGCAGACACACACUCUCAUAUAGACUUACAAACAAUGACAUACACACACUCACUGAUUUGACACACUGACAGUCAGACAUACACUUACUCGGACACACACUCACUAACAGACGCACACUCUCACUAACAGACGCAUGCACUGACUGACAGACGCACGCACUGACUGACAGAUGCACACACUGACUGACAGACACAAACACUCAAAUUCACUGACACACACAUUCACUGAAACACACACACAUACUGACAGACACACACACACACUCUCACUGAAACACACACACUUACUGACAGACACACACACUCACAUUCACUGACACACACACACAUUCACUGAAACACACAUUCACUGACACACAUUCACACACAUUCACUGACAUACACACUCACUGACACACAUUCACUCACACUUACAUUCACUGACACACACUCACUCACAUUCACUAACACACACUCACUCACUCCCUCACAUUCACUGACACACACACACUCACUCACAUUCACUGACACACCCAUUUCCCCACACUCACAAUUAUUUUUAUUUUUUUAAAUUUAAAUCCACCCAGCCUCCCUACAUUUGGGAUAGCUGGGUGGCUGGAUGUGCAGGCGGGCGGGCAGCGAGGGAGCACUCUCCCCUGAGCUCUCUGCUCAGCUCCCUCGCGUGACCCGCAAUGAUGCUGGGAGAUGGAAUAUGACAUCAUAUUCUGUCUCCCGACAUCAUUGCGGGUCGCGCGAGGGAGCUGAGCAGAGAGCUCAGGGGAAAGUGCUCCCUCGCCGCCCGCCCAGGAAACCACUGCCCGCCUGCCCCGAAGGCAAGCAAGGUAUUUGCCUGGGCAUUUGGGGGUGGCGUUUUUUGCCGCCACCUGGAAAUUGCCGCCCAAGGCAAAUGCCUUGUUUGCCUCAUUGUAGAUACAUCCUUGAACUAUUUAUGUUGUGCAAUAAUAUGUUAGUAAACUCUCCUUGUGUUAUUAACAUUUUUCUAUUUUUUUACGCUCAGUUUGGUCUUUGAAGACCCUCUGCCAAUAUGGAUUGUCCUACGUGGUGGGCACUAGCAUCACUACAUGGCCUGGCUAUAGUUUAAUGAGUAAGACAUUCCAUUUUGGAUAAGAUCUUAAGGACCAAACCUUAAGGACCAAACGUCUGGAAUAAAAGGGAAUCACAUGUCAUGUGUUCUUAGGGGGUUAAAGACCAGGGUCUGGAUUCUCUUCGCUGAGUAAGGAUACUUUCUGAUUUCUGAAUAGCAAUUACUCCUCUGAAGUCUAUAGAAAAAUUGCUAUUCAGUAAGCAAGUUAAAAUGUUAGAUUGCCAAGACAACAUACACUGCGUUGCUAGUUAUUAAGCCCUUUAGAACAAAGGGUAGGCUCCUUUUGUGAUAUCAUGUUAGUCUUUUCAAUUGUAUUAUUAGUCUUUUAGUUGUGUUGGUUUCAGAGGAUAACAUACUCUUUUUGUCUUUAGCUAAGAAAGCUCUAACAUAUUAAAUGCCGUAAAUAAGACUAGAAGGGCAUCUAGGUGAGAUUGAGAUUUUCUUUUUCUAUUUUAAUGUAAAUGUGAAAGUUUAUUUAAUUCCUCUAACAGUGAGAUUGAAAGUGUCCUGCCAAGAACUUAGAUGCAUGUCUUCACGUUGAUGGAAACAGAAUCUAUGUCUUGGUCUUUGUGUGCUGACUCAGGUUGAUAGGUGUUGUAGGCUCUUGAUACUUUUGAUACUGGUUGUGUGUUCAUUAUAAAAUGUGGACCACAAACAUUUUGCUGAAACAAAAUAUGUUAUUUAAAAUAAUACUUGAUCACAUGAAUGAUAACUAGCAAACUCUUACUAAAAGGUAAAAGGCAAACAGGUAAAAAUGUCCUGGUGGUUAGUUCAAACUCUCACUUCUAUUCAGGUUGUAAGAUCUUAUUCCCCAAACUACAAGGAGGAGUGAACUUACUCCAUCCUGAAUUUGAAAAUGUAUGUAGUUAAAGGAUCACAUUGCUAGGCAACCCACACUGCCUGCAUUACUUAAGCUGGCAUGGGGAACAUUCUCAAAUACCUCAUUUUCCAGAAAGGACCAAGUAUAGUAGACUGAGACCUAGGGAAUGUUAUUCAUUGAUAACAGACAUCGGAGAAGUAUAGCAGCUCCAUAUGUUUCUGUAUUUUUAUUUCUUUAUCUAUUUUUUUUUUUUUAUGUACGAGGAUACAACAAGGAUUUAUGAAAUAAGAUACUCAUCAAUAAAUAGAUAUAUUGAGCUUGCACAUUUGUAGAUAAUAAAAUUGUCACGGUAGUAUACCCCAACACGCAAGAAUAGUUCAACGAGAGACAAGAUAACAAGAUACGUCUUACCGGGCCUUAGAAUGGCCGGACUCGACAGAGAGACAGCGUAAACAAGAACUAGCCAAGGACUGGUACACAGGAGUCAAGAAAUCGGCGAACAAGACAAAGCAGGGAUAAAGAGAAAAACAGAGUCAGGUACAAAGCAAAGGUCAAGCACGAAAAAAACACUACUACACGAAGCAAGCACUAAAGGGAACUGAAUCCGAAACCACGAUAGGGCAGGGAGCCAAGGGAAAGGUGAGUAUAAAUACCUACAGUUUAAUUUGAUUGGCCCCUGUCAUAUCCACGCCCCCAAAACGUGAGUGUAUGGGGAAUGUGGAAUGACAUGGGCCAAUGGGAGACCUUUUUUAUUUUUGUCUCAGACUGUCCCUUAAAAUGCGCGCCCAAUACGCAGGGCGCGCUCCCAGUGCCAGGCGAGUCACGUGGCCGCUUCUCGCAGUCAGUGCACGCCUUCCCGAUCUCCCCGUCGGACGAGCCGCACGCGGCUCGUGCAGUUGCAGGACCGUGCGUGGCGGGGAAAGAGGACCUCGCCCGGCCCCUGGAGAGGGUAAGUACCGCUACAGAAAUAUAGACUAAUGGUACACCAUGCUUGUGGAUUGUAUCUGAAGAAAGGAAAAUUAAGCAUAACAUUUGCACCAAUUGCAGAUUAAUGCUUAGAAAGAUGAAAAGAGCACAGUCCCUAUUAAAGAUACAAAAAAGCCAGUGUAGCAUGUGCACUGGUGAUAGAUUCAGCAGGUUUUAGGCAGGAACAGAUACAAUACUUAUGAUAUCUAUUAAAGACAGGAAUCUCCCCUACACUAUGGCAAGGAAUAUUAUGUGUAAAAUGUCCCCAAAGUGGCCUGGGACUAGCAUAUACCCAAUUUGCAGAACUGUUGCAAGUGUACACUGGGGUCUGAAGUAUCCACGUGCAAAAAGAGGUAUAAGCUGGUGCCAUAUAACAGAUUUCUCACCAUUUAGGUUGAGAAGGAGCAUUAUUUAAUCCAAGAGGUCCACAGACCUUGGGUGAGGUUUACAAGAUUAAAGUCCUGUCAUUAGGUUGAUUUAAUAGUCGGUGACCAAGCUGGGCCUACCAUGAACUUGUCCGCAGGUGAGUAGUGGGAGUUGUUGGUAAACCUUUCUGCCUCUUCACUAUGUGAGAUAGAGAUUCUGCAAAGAUCCUGUUCAGCUUAUGUAGGAUAGAUGUCAGUGUUCGUGUCUCCAAGUGUUUGUGCCUGCACAUCUCCUCCGCCAGCUGUCAGGACAUCUUCCAAAGAUUACAGAGUUGGCCUCUUGGAUAGGAUCAUCUUUGCCGGUCUGGGGGAAAAGUGGGAACCUGGAUUCCAAAUGCCAGACUGUAACGGCAACAGGAGCUCUGCUGCCUCUCCUGUGCCAACCAUGCUUGUAGACGUGAGGUAUGUCCAAGCAAUUCGGUUUGCAUUGUCAUCAUCAUGACCACCGAAAAGUCCUCUUUUGUGUGGUGAUGAAUAGAAGUUAAAGAAUGACCCUCCAUCUCUAGGAUUCAGAAAUUUUAACAAGAAGUGCAAGAACUGUAUCGAUAUACAUCUGUUCUGCUCAGUGGUCAGACCCCUUCCCAAAAGAUUUUUUUAAAACCAUAAACGUGCAAAACAAAGAUAAGGUUCUCAGAAGAUGGAACCCCCAGCAGCUCCAUAUAUUUUAUAGGAUGAACUGCUUGUUAAAUACUAAGGGUUCCUGCUAUCUCAUCCUUUUUCAGAAUCAGUGAAAGGCUUUCUUAAACUCAUACAAGGUUAUAUUUGAUAUACCUUUGUUUUUGUGCAUCUGUUUAUCUAUAUAUGUAUUUCUUAUUUUUUACUUGAAAUAUACAUACUUGCUUAUAUAUACUUAUCAGAGGGUCAAACACUACUACGGAAACUCAAAAAAUUAGACCUGGUACAGAGAAUAUGUUGUUCCUUCCCAGCAAGAAUCAAAAUGCCCACAUUUAAUAUAAUCUACAAAGUAGUGGGCUGUCUUUGCAUGUUCUGGUAACAGAGAGAGUUUUCCAAGCUUCCUUCAAUAUGUGACACAAUGAAAUGCUCAAUAAAAGUACUAAUGCAUAGCUCUGUCUGCUAAAAUCAGGAGAAAUAUGCUCAGCCCCAAAGUAUAAAGGGUAUAUUUAAAGGGACACCCCAAACCCAUAAAGCACUUUAGCUUGCUCACAUGGUUUAUGUGUGAAGAGUGUGUCCUAUUUUCAUUAGAAAAUUGCACUUUUAUAAAUUAACCUUGUUACACCCCCUGACUGACUAUCAGACAAUCUGUCUUGUUACUCCCUGGUUGUUAAGCGUUGUGUAGCUAAAUUUAAGAGGCAGCAAUUGCCCAGAGCAUCUUGCAAAGAUUUUUCAUUGAGCUGCAUUGGGAAGUCUGUGAUUGGACAGACACAUAUAGUCUGGGUGGGGUUAGAAAGGGAGGGCUUGUAAAUGCUUCAGGCAAGAGAUCUGCUACUCUUGAAAGCUAUUUUUAGAUAUGCCUACAAUGAAAACAUGCAUAAUUAGAUAUAUGUAUAUUUUCAAUGUAAAUAUAUCUAAUGAACAAUAUUUGAACAAAAGAGCAAUAACAAACUAAUAACUUUUUUCAAAUCACUCAGUAUACUGUCUUUUCCUGAUCACGUGCUUUUAAUGUUAUCAGAUUACAUUUUAAAUCAACUCCUUAUAUAUGUGAACAUGAGAACUCAUUACAUCCUGAAUUUCCAUUCUUGCGUCACACUGGAUUUGAGUCAGUUCAUGAAUGGCUUUCACUUUGUGUUUAAAUGGUAUGUCUAGAAAUUGUUAUAAUUAUUUUCAAUGCAAAUCAGUCUUGUGUGUGUGUGUGUGUGUUUCUUUUAUUGUUUAUAUUACUGUUUGCAUACAUACAAAUCAAAAUACAUUUCUCCAUCUCUCUGUAUAAUCCUUUGAUUUCACUUAAUACAUUUCUAGCUUGUCAUGUAUUGUGAUCAAACUGAGUUUAGUAAUCACUUGAUAUUUUCAAUUACCAGCUGUUAGCACCACCAAACCUGCAUGUAUGGGAGAAAACUUUGCUCACAAGGCAAAUUCUCAUUAGCGAUCAAUAUACUCAGUGCGAGUUUGGAAAUGCUUACAGUCGUAUUCCCUGUAAUAUGCAUUAUUUAGGAGUAAAAGUCUUUAAAGGGACACUAUAGUCACCAGAACAACUACAGCUUAAUGUAGUUGUUCUGGUGAGUAUAAUAGCUCCCUUCAGGCAUUUUCAUGUAAACACUGACUUUUCAGACACCUCCAAGUUGCCACUCCUUAGAUGGCCACUGGAGGGGCUUCCUGGCUGAGGGCUGCACAUUAGGCAGCCCUGCCAUUCAGCGUCCCCACGCUCUGCAUUUUGCAGGCUCAGUAUAUUCCCAGCUGUAGUUUGCCUGAUUCUAUAUCUUAGUUGAUUUUAGGCAACUUGUAACUUGUGUUACUGGGAGAAAGGGGCAAAAAAAAGGAAGUAUGGAUGAAUCUGUGAAUGACAGUUAAUAUCUAUGUGAGAAAGCCUCAUCUGUUAUAAUAGACACCAAUAUGGAAAUUCCAUUGUCACAUUCCAAAACAAAUACUCUUGAGCAUCCUGAGAGAUUAACGUGUGCAAAUCUUACUCGUGAGACCCAGACAAGAGGAUAUUAACGUGAGAAGAUGUCAACAUUCUGACUUCCUGUAUGAAAAGAAACAAAUAGAAAAAAUAAACCAUUCUAACCUCUUCAAAACUAUUCAUGAACAUAACAUUAACACCAUGUCACACAAUGUUUGAGAGAUUGUCAAACUUCUCAUAUCACUAAUUUUUUUUGUAUUUAACUGAUGCUUUUAUUUUAUUUUAAAUUUGUAUUAAAGAUUUAGCAUAUUCUGUAACAAUGUAACUUAGUCAAGACACCGUCAGAGCAAAUAUUGCAAAAGAUGAGGAGAAAUAGAAACAUUUUUUAUUUUUCGAUUCGUCUGUCGUGUUUUUUCUAUUCCGCCAAUAAAAGUCUACAUUAUGAAUAAAGUGUGGGAAAAAAAACAUUUAAAUAACUUCUGAAGUGGUAGUUAGUUUUUUUUAAAAGGAAUCAACAGGAAGACACUUGAUGACAGUGUGUAAAGAAGAUAUAGAGAAAAGGCCCGCUUAAAGCAAGCUACGAUUACACUUUAAAACCUGAAACAGCAGUAAUAAGAAUCCAUUUUAUAAACAAUCAUUUUCAAACACAAACAGGAAAAAUUGCCUUUUUUUUUUUAAACCAAUUUUUGAUUUCAUGUGCAUUAUUGGCAUUUUUGGCACAGAUCUAAACAACCUCUAAUUUCAUAUUCAUAUUUUACUGACAGUGGUAUUAACUAAAGUGAGAAUUUGAGGUGAAUUCUAAAUUAAUUUUAAGUUUAAUGUCAAAUUACUGAAAUAUCUAAGUCAGCUGUGCUUUCAGUUCGGCUACUCUGUCCUUAAAGGGAAACUCCAGUGCCAGGAAAACAAUCUGUUUUCCUGGCACUGCAGGUCCCCUCUCCCUCCCACCCCCCAUCCCCGGUUGCUGAAGGGGUGAAAACCCCUUCAGGUCACUUACCUGAGACCCCGCCGAUGUCCCUUGGUGGUGGUUUAUUCUCACCGUCGCUCCUCCCAGUCUUUACGUCGGCCGGUGGGCGAGACUGAUCCUGCCCACCAGCUGGGGAGACCUAAUGCACACGCAUGGCUAUGCCGCGCAUGCGCAUUAGAGCUCCCCAUAGGAAAGCAUUGAAAAUGCUUUUCAAUGCUUUCCUAUGGGGAAUUGAGCGACGCUGGAGGUCCUCACACAGUGUGAGGACGUCCAGCAACACUCUAGCACAGAUUUUCUGUGCUAUACAGCAGUAAGUAGUCUAGUAGACAGCCACUAGAGGUGGAGUUAACCCUGUAAGGUUAUCAUUGCAGUUUAUUAAAAAACUGCAAUAAUUACACUUUCAGGGUUAAGGGUAGUGGGAGUUGGCACCCAGACUACUCCAAUGGGCAGAAGUGGUCUUGGUACCUGGAGUAUCCCUUUAAACCUGAAAUGCACUUUGAAUCUUCCUUUUAGUUGAUGACCCUGAGAGGUUUAAAAAUGCAAAAAUAACUCACUCACAUUUACUAUAUCUGCUUCUGUACAUUUACUAUCCCACCCAUGAACACCAAGUUUAAAUGAAAUAAUUUAAAGAUUAAAAAAAAUUAACAGGGCGUUGUCAUGCUAUACAUUUCAGAGUGCCUUUAACAACAGGGUGGUACAAAUGCUGAGGCUGUGGUCCAAACAAUUGCCAUUAUUAUUGUACAUGAGGGAGAGCAAAUACAACCUGUUAACAGAUUUGCAUUUUUCAGAGCUAAUACAACAAAGAUGUGUGUCCAAGUCAGAGUCCUUUUAUUUGCAAAGACAGAACAAACAAAAACAUUCACACAGACACAUGCACAUUUAUAGAUGGCAGGUCUUUUAAAAGAACCGAUUGGUUGUUUUAACAUACUAUCAAGCAUUUUUGUCUUUUAGAUUUUAACACCCCCACCCCUACCGGUGUCAAGUCCUGGGGGUGAGGGGGGGGAGUGUUGGAACUCACCCAACAUUGAAAUGCCCUGUGUGUAAAUUUAAUGGCAUGCUUGCUGGUGUUUUGUCUCUAGUGUCCCCAUCAGUAGAAUACCAAAGAACAAAAUUGGGCAGGCUGGUGUGUGAGUAAAAGGGGCUGUCUGUAAUGAAAUGUACGUGUAAAUGGGUCUGUUUGUCGUGUGCUAUGGGUAGGUAGGGACUGUAGUGUGUGUGCGUGCAGAUGUAUAAGGGCAGUAGAGAUUGUGUUUAUACUCAGGGACUGUAGUGUGCAUGUGUACAGGGCCUGUAGAGUGUGUGAGUGUAUUUGUAUUUGUGUUGCAUUGUGUGUGUAUCAAGUUGCUGUAGAGUGUAUGUAUGUAUAUAGGGGGUGCAGGAUCUUUGCCUUUUGGAGAUUUUACUAACCAGUAAGCAGUCCUGCAUUUUUGUUUGCUUUUGAUUUCAUAAGCCUGAUUAUGAUUUGAUAAGCCUGAUUAUGGACUAGGUACUCUAGAUCUAUGUCUAAUUCCUACUUCUGGGGGCACUCAACUAUUAUCUCAAAUGUGCGGAAGUGUUUCAGGUCAUCCUGUAAGCAAUGAAAAGCUUGAUGGUUGUCUGUUGCCUAUUGUCAGGUAAAUGCUCUUCUGUAACACCUUAUUGAGCCAGCAGUCAAUAUCAGCAUGAUACACACACUGACCUAUAUACACACACACACAUACACACAGACUGACCUGUGCAUACACCAAGAGACUGACUCAUCUAUACACACAUAUUGACCUAUAUGAGCAGGUAGACCCAUACACACCCCUCGACCAUGCAAACAUAGGCUGACCCAUUUGUGUUUCUGGUGUGUGCUGCUGUAUGUAGUUUGUCUCUGGUGUUUGCUGACAGUAUGCAAUGUGGUGUGUGCUGGCUUCAUGUAGUGUAUGCUGGUUCUAUGUUGUUUCUGGUGUUUGCUGGCUGUAUGAGUCUAGUGUGUGCUUGCUGUAUGUAAUAGUAUGUAAUAUGGAGAGUGCUGGAUGUAUGUGUGUAUGGUGUGUGCUGACUUUAUGUUGUGUUCGUGUGUGUCUGGUGUAUGUUGACUGUGUGUGCUGAGCCAUCCAUACACAGAUUGACACAUACAUACGCAGACUGGCAAAUAUACACAUACAUACGCAGACUGGUGGCUACCUGCUCUGUGCUGAACCUCCUCUUCUCUUUCUCUCCCCUGCUCUGUACUCUGUGACCCAGGAGGAAAUUUUAUUAUAGACACGGAGGCGAGUAUAUAUGCAUUCACUUUCUUAUUUAUUCCCUCAGCAGCAAGAAAAAGUUGAGAGAAAAACGAAAAAAACUUUAAACAUUAACAUUUAAAUUUGCCUAGGAACAAUGGUAGCCAAUAAUGUCUCAGUGUCCAUAUGAAAGGAAGCUGUCAUCUGUUGCUCCUCCUCUUUCUUGCUGCUCCCUCAGAGAUAAGUACCCAUUUUUUCUUCAGUAUUAAUGGUGUAUUUACAUGUUGUAUUUUAUUUAAGUUUAUUUUUCUAUACACUUGUGUUUUUGCCCUGGUGUAUACCCAGACCACGCUCACCGUGAUACUGAUGAUUUGGGGGACCUCCCUGGGUGUUUUUCUUUACCCCUGUCUCCCUUUGUUCAUGCCUCCCUCCCUCACGGCUUCCGACCGCAUUUGAGAGCCGGUGGUUCCCCCUCCCCUGGGAUAGCCACCACCCUCGGUCUAAUUAGCCGCGGAAGUGUAUUCUUAAUGUGCGGCUGAGUUUCCCACGCUGCCAACCAGCCGUGGGCUCUGUGCUCUCGCGGCCAUUGUGGGGGGAGAAGCCGGAUACUGCCGUUGGCGCGCUUUCUGUGCUGAAAGCGCGCAUAGGCAGGAAACCUGUGUGGUCUCUCUUCUUCCAUCGCUGGCUGAUGGUUCCAGGCUCCUCCGGCAAGGUAUACACCAGAUCUAUUUCUGUCAGUAGUUUACCACUAUUUUACCACUGUUUUAUCAGUAUUCAGUGCUAUUAGGAUUAUAUAGUAUGGGUUACUCAACCCUAUUUGGUUUCCCCCUGUCAGCUUUUUCUACAGUGUUUAGCUGCUUUUUAGCGGUUGCCACCUACAGCCUGGCAGAGCAAUUUUCGGGGCAACACCAGACAUGAUUAUAGAGUCGGACGCCAGCUCAUAUGACUGGGGCGCACGCUGUGGAGAUAUUUCUACUGGCGGCAGAUGGUCGGAGCAAGAAACAUGGCUCCACAUCUACUGCUUGGAACUCCUGGCGGGAUCAUUCGCCAUCUGCAGCCUUACACCCACCAACAUUACUUGUUGUAUCCUACUGAAAAUAGACAAUGUGUCAGCGGUGAGAUACAUAAACCACUUGGGGGGCACAAAAUCAAAGAUGUUGGCCCUCCUCGCCAAAGAGUUUUGGCACUUCUGUCUCCGCAACAACAUCUCCGUGAUUGCGGAACACAUUCUGGGGCUGGACAACUCCACAGCAGAUUGGAACUCCAGACACCUUAGGGACUCUGGAGAUUGGAAGCUACGCAGACAGACUUUUCUUCAACUACAAGCACUGUGGGGUCAACUGGAUAUUGACCUAUUUGCUUCUCGGUUGAACACGCAACUCCCGAAGUUUUACAGCUGGAGACCAGACCCAGCAGCUCUAGCAACCGAUGCAUUCCUACAAGUGUGGCCACAUACAAGGCAUUAUGCAUUCCCACCGUUCAACCUCAUACCUCGGACUCUCAUCCAUCUCAGACGGUACAAAGGAUCCUUGGUAUUAGUUAUCUCGUUAUGGCGGACACAGGCGUGGUUCCCCAGACUGCUGGAGAUGUCAAUGGAUUUCCCACGAUUGCUCCCGAACCUGCCGCAGUUGCUGACCGACCCGGAUGGGAACGUACACGACUUAGUGGACAGAGGUCUGUUACGCCUCAUAGCUUGGCUCCUUUCAGGGGACCCUGGUGACCAUCCUUGACGUUCCACAGGCAACUCUCAGGCUUUUGGCAGAGGCGUGGGCACCAGGCACUAGAAACGCUUACCAUUCAGUAUGGAGAUCAUGGUCUAGCUGGUGCCUGGCAAGGGAAUUGGAUCCCAUAUCUGCCCCUCUGAGUAAGAUAUUACAUUUCCUCACAUCUAUGUUUGAAGCAGGAAAAGCAUAUCGUACGAUCAAUGUACACAGAUCGGCUAUAGCAGCAGGCCAUCAGUGGUUUACGGGAAAUACAGCAGGAAACCACCCUGUAACUUGUCGACUCAUGAAAGGAAUUAGACUUUCGAGACCUCCAACGGCCAGGUAUUCAGCCUUCUGGGAUGUCAACAUAGUCCUCAAUUUCUUAGACUCGUGGCCGACAAAUCAAGAGCUCUCACUUCAGAAACUUUCUGCAAAAUUACUCAUCCUCCUGUGUUUAAUUGCAUGUAAACAGGUUUCAGAUGUCAGGGCCUUGGACUGGAACGCCAUCAAUUUUCAAUCGGGCGGAGUGUUAUUCAACAUUUCACGAAGAACUAAGACAUCAACUAAACAAGUGUUCUAUUCAGGUUUCCCUAUCAAACCUAAUCUGUGCCCUGUACUAUGUCUGAAGGCAUAUCUGGGUUACACGGCUACCCUUCGGUCUCCACAGGAAGGUGCAUUAUUUAUUUCCCUUCGGAAACCACACAUCCCAGUCUCAUCUCCCACAUUGGCCAGCUGGACAAGAUGGAUGCUUUCUACAGCAGGGAUUGAUGUAUCGCAUUUUUCACCUCAUUCUAUACGAGGGGCGAUGGCUUCCAAGGCUUCGACGAUAGGUUGUCGCUUGGAGGAUAUCAUGAAAGCGGCCGAUUGGUCUAAUGAGUCUAUGUUUAGGGACUUUUAUUGUCGCCCUAUCCAGCACUUUUCUUCAAGGAUUAUUGCAUAUAUACAAGCCUCCGUGUCUAUAAUAAAAUUCCAAGAUUUUACGAUUUACAUGACGUAAAGUCAUGAUUUUAUUAAAGACACGGAGGCGAGUAUUAUUCCCUCCCGCCCAACCGCAGAAGGUAGAUACAGUUAUAUAUUUCUGGUGUAAGAACUACGGUAAGACACAUACGUCAUGAUUGAAUUAUUUCAUAGUUAACAUUUUUAAGGUAGGAUAAGAAGAUUUUGGUUAUCUUGGAAUACUUGGAUUUAUGAUUAUGUUGUUCAAAGAUAUACAAAUAGUUGAAAGAUAAGGUUUUACCACAUAUUUGUUUUUCCUUGCAGUCUAAAUGGUGGAUACAGAUAAUCUCGUUAUUGACUGAUUGGAUGUUAUUGGAUGUUAUUUCGUUCUAUGGAAGGUCACAGACAGAAACGGGAGGAGCAAAAGAUGACAGCUUCCUUUCAUAUGGACACUGAGACAUUAUUGCCUGCCAUUGUUCCUAGGCAGAUUUAAAUGUUAAUGUUUAAAGUUUUUUUCGUUUUCAUCUCAACUUUUUCUUGCUGCUGAGGGAAUAAAUAAGAAAGAGAAUGUAUAUAAACUCGCCUUCGUGUCUUUAAUAAAAUUAUGACUUUACGUCAUGUAAAUAGUAAAAUCUUGGAAUUAAAUAUACUCACUUCCUCUCAGCACAGUGCCACCUGUGGCAGCUAAGGGGAACAGCUAUCUAAGAGCCAGCUCGCCAGGAGCUUGCAUUGGACUACAUCCCCUGCUCCACAUUAACAUUUGCUGACCAGUUGAGGCCUAUGUUUGAUCUCCCAACCAACCCAUUAAGUUACAGGGAGCCCUAUCUGGGCUGGUGCUGCACUGCCCACUUUGUCCUCAGCAGGAACAGUAAAAAUUGGAAAAAGUAAAGGAAUGCCAUUCCUACGCAUCCCUGCAGGACUCAAGGCUCCUUGAUGUGCUGCUCCUCAACCAGGCAUAUUGGUUAACCAAUUCAAAACACUUGAUGGAUUCAGCCUUAAAUGCAGAUGCACUAUUUUUUAUUAUGCGCCCUCAGAUUGAAGUGUAAAUUGCCACCUAAGUAUACAGACAUUCAGGAUUAAACAGAUUUCUCUGCCUUAUUUUAUCCCCGUAAGCAGAAAAUAUUUAGUGUGAACACAGCGGCUUUAAAGGGUAAUUAACAAAAUUAAAAUAAUGUUUUACACACCUGUAAUCCAGCGCAGGGCAAAGCUCCUGGCACUGCGUUCCACACCCCCUCUGGAUGUCACAACAGCCAUGGCGAGGUCCGAUCAAAGGCUUCUCAUAGAGAAGGGAGGAGAUAGGGAGACAAGGAGGAGGAGGCAUCUUUAAACAAAAAAUUACAAAAUUACUGCACAUACAGAUUAAUAACACCACGACAACUUCUAAAAGCAGAAGUGGUCAUGCUGGUUUGACUAACCCUUUACUGUUUGAAGCCUCAAAUUCUCUUUUCCACAGCUUUCUCAGGAAUCCCAGUCCCCACCAUUUUUAAUAAAUAUCAAAUGGUAGUAAAUUAAAAAUGGAAUAGCAAAGAUGACACAAAAACUGAUGAAUUUUUAAAUUCCCCAACUCCACUAUAGUCACAGCUUGACUGUACCUUGAAUUUUGCAAUUCGGUUUUCAGUUCCUUUAACUUCAGCAUCUACUGAAUAUAUCUCUGUAAUUUAUUAAACGUUGCAUUGGGUUUGAGGUAACCUGUGUGUUCCCAGAACUACAUCAAUACAGUAUCCGUAUACAAAUUAACACUCACAGUAUCCUGUAUACAAAGUAAUACUCACAGUAUCCAUAUACAACGAAACACUCACAGUAUCCUGCAUACAAAGUAAUACUCACAGUAUCAUGUAUACAAAGUAACACUCACAGUAUCCUGUAUACAAAGUAAUACUCACAGUAUCCAUAUACAAAGUAAUACUCACAGUAUCCUGUAUACAAAGUAACACUCACAGUAUCCUGUAUACAAAGUAAUACUCACAGUAUCCUUUAUACAAAGUAACACUCACAGUAUCCUGUAUACAAAGUAACACUCACAGUAUCCAUAUACAAAGUAAUACUCACAGUAUCCUGUAUACAAAGUAACACUCACAGUAUCCUGUAUACAAAGUAAUACUCACAGCAUCUGUAUACAAAGUAACACUCACAGUAUCACUCACAGUAUCCUGCAUACAAAGUAACACUCACAGUAUCCUGUAUACAAAGUAAUACUCACAGUAUCCAUAUACAAAGUAAUACUCACAGUAUCCUGUAUACAAAGUAAUACUCACAGUAUCCUGUAUACAAAGUAAUACUCAUAGUAUCCAUAUACAAAGUAACACUCACAGUAUCCUGUAUACAAAGUAACACUCACAGUAUCUGUAUACAAAGUAACACUCACAGUAUCCAUAUACAAAGUAAUACUCACAGUAUCCUGUUUACAAAGUAAUACUCACAGUAUCCUGUAUAAAAGGAAUACUCACAGUAUCCUGUAUACAAAGUAAUACUCACAGUAUCCAUAUACAAAGAAACACUCACAGUAUCCUGCAUACAAAAUAAUACUCACAGUAUCAUGUAUACAAAGUAACACUCACAGUAUCUGUAUCUGUAUACAAAGUAACACUCACAGUAUCCUGUAUACAAAGUAAUACUCACAGUAUCCAUAUACAAAGAAACACUCACAGUAUCCUGCAUACAAAGUAAUACUCACAGUAUCCUGUAUACAAAGUAAUACUCACAGUAUCCUGUAUACAAAGUAACACUCACAGUAUCUGUAUACAAAGUAACACUCACAGUAUCUGUAUACAAAGUAAUACUCACAGUAUCCUGUAUACAAAGUAAUACUCACAGUAUCUGUAUACAAAGUAAUACUCACAGUAUCUGUAUACAAAGUAACACUCACAGUAUCACUCACAGUAUCCUGCAUACAAAGUAACACUCACAGUAUCCUGUAUACAAAGUAAUACUCACAGUAUCCAUAUACAAAGUAAUACUCAUAGUAUCCAUAUACAAAGUAAAACUCACAGUAUCCUGUAUACAAAGUAACACUUACAGUAUCUGUAUACAAAGUAACACUCACAGUAUCCAUAUACAAAGUAACACUCACAGUAUCCUGUAUACAAAGUAACACUCACAGUAUCCAUAUACAAAGUAAUACUCACAGUAUCCUGUAUACAAAGCAACACUCACAGUAUCCUGUAUAGAAAGUAAUACUCACAGCAUCUGUAUACAAAGUAACACUCACAGUAUCCAUAUACAAAGUAACACUCACAGUAUCCUGUAUACAAAGUAAUACUCACAGCAUCUGUAUACAAAGUAACACUCACAGUAUCACUCACAGUAUCCUGCAUACAACGUAAUACUCACAGUAUCCAUAUACAAAGUAAUACUCACAGUAUCCUGUAUACAAAGUAAUACUCACAGUAUCCUGUAUACAAAGUAAUACUCAUAGUAUCCAUAUACAAAGUAACACUCACAGUAUCCUGUAUACAAAGUAACACUCACAGUAUCUGUAUACAAAGUAACACUCACAGUAUCCAUAUACAAAGUAAUACUCACAGUAUCCUGUUUACAAAGUAAUACUCACAGUAUCCUGUAUAAAAGGAAUACUCACAGUAUCCUGUAUACAAAGUAAUACUCACAGUAUCCAUAUACAAAGAAACACUCACAGUAUCCUGCAUACAAAAUAAUACUCACAGUAUCAUGUAUACAAAGUAACACUCACAGUAUCUGUAUCUGUAUACAAAGUAACACUCACAGUAUCCUGUAUACAAAGUAAUACUCACAGUAUCCAUAUACAAAGAAACACUCACAGUAUCCUGCAUACAAAGUAAUACUCACAGUAUCCUGUAUACAAAGUAACACUCACAGUAUCUGUAUACAAAGUAACACUCACAGUAUCACUCACAGUAUCCUGCAUACAAAGUAACACUCACAGUAUCCUGUAUACAAAGUAAUACUCACAGUAUCCAUAUACAAAGUAAUACUCAUAGUAUCCAUAUACAAAGUAACACUCACAGUAUCCUGUAUACAAAGUAACACUUACAGUAUCUGUAUACAAAGUAACACUCACAGUAUCCAUAUACAAAGUAACACUCACAGUAUCCUGUAUACAAAGUAACACUCACAGUAUCCAUAUAUAAAGUAAUACUCACAGUAUCCUGUAUACAAAGUAAUACUCACAGUAUCCUGUAUACAACGUAACACUCACAGUAUCCUGUAUACAAAGUAACACUCACAGUAUCCUGUAUAAAAGGAAUACUCACAGUAUCCUGUAUACAAAGUAACACUCACAUCACCUUGAAUUCACAGUGUAUUGUCACUUUAUUAAAUAACCCUGUAAGGUUUGUAACAAAUGUAUCUACAAUAAAGGGACAUGGUUGCAUGUUCAUUCUCAGACUUGUUUAUGGACCUUAAGAAAAAAAGAUGUGCAAUGGCAUAGCAGCUUCGCUGAAGAUUAAUUUCACUCAUAUUGUUUUAUUGUUUUAUUCUGAAAAAAGUGCAGAUAUGUAUGUCAUCAGUUUUGGCUUGCCCAGAGCUGUCACUCUCAAGGCAGCUCAGUGUGAGAAACACACUAGCUGAGCUAUUAUUUCUGAAAGUUUAGCGUACUUAUUAAUCACACUCCCAAUACUUCCAGUGCAAGCCAAUUAAAUGGAUUUGAUAUUCUGCCAUUCCUGGUAUACGGUAAAGUUACAUUUACAGUUAUGAGAAUUUUAGUAUUAAAAGUGCUACACUAAUAAAACAGAGAACAAUGUCUGACUUAGAGAAUUUUUCCAGUUUGCCAAGCUCUCUAUUUAGUGUCAAUAACCCUGGGAAUUUAAAAGGGAACUGUCACUUUCUGGGAUUGUUAAUAUCAGUUUCAUACUUCUAUAUUUAAGGAAAACUACAAGUACUAUAAACACUACACUGCGACCCAGCGGACCCCAGGUUAGUAGUCAAACAGUUCUUAAACAGUUUGACUACUAACAUUAGAAUGUAGAAGUGGUUAUGAUGCUUGAAAUGUUCCUUUAACAAAUAUGUGUUGUUGCGAUGUGUUUCAAAUAACAUUAAAUGUGACAAUCCAUGUAGUGUCUCCAUCUUGGCUCUCUAUCAUUCAUAGUUAUCAAUGUAGCCCUUAACUGUCAUUGAACAUAGUAAGUAGAAGAGGGGAAAGAGAAAUAGUAUUUCCAUUUUUAUCCUCAUUUGCAUUGUAUGUUCUGGCUGAAAUGGAUUGUAAUCUUUAAUAUUUAAAUUAGAUUUAUUCAAUGGUGAUUGAUCAUUUUUAUCCAAAAAGGGCCAAUCAGACAUGUUUUUCUUCUUCUAGGGCCAAGGAGUCUGUCAAGCAUUUCCAUGUCCAUCAGUCUGGGUCAUCCUACAAAUUCGGUUUUAAUGAGUUUGCGACAAUAAAAGACUUUAAGCAGCAUUUUGCCAAUCAGCCUUUGAUAGGAAGUGAAUCAGGUAUGCUUUGUAUUUUGGUGUUUAUCGUUUAUACAUUUCUUUACAUCAACCACAGCUAUAGAAAAUACUGACUUGUAUCGCAACUUAGGACAGUGAGUCAUUUAAAGAUUUAAAGGAUAAGGUUCUUGUUAACCAAGUAAGUUACUAAAAUAUCCCUUUCCUUUUUCUCACCUAUCCCUGAUAACACCAUCUUCAUUACUUCAACCUUACUACCCUCCCCUCUCUAUUCAUCCCAUGCACUCUACAUAUACCUUUCCAGCCUAUCUCCACCAACUCCUCCCGAAUCCUCUACAUACAUACCCUUCUACAAAACUUUAAAAUCCUACUCCCACCUUCACUUCUUUUCUAUCCUUCUGCUCCCAGCAGCUGGUGACGUCUCUCCAAACCCCGGUCCCAUCUCGGCAAACUCACCACAUACUAACCCAAGGAUCCACACUAAUCUCAUACCCAUCUCACGUUCCUCUAAAUCCUCCUUCAAUACUGCUCUCUGGAAUGCACGCUCUGUCUGCAAUAUUACUAAAUCCACUGCUGUCCAUGACUUCUUCAUCUCUCAUUCAAUAGAUUUACUAGCCUUAACAGAAACCUGGCUCUCCCCCUCUGACACUGCUACCCCUGCAUCUUUGUCCUUCGGCGGUCUUCAGCUUACCCACAACCCAUGCUUUUCAAACCCUUUUCUGCUAACAUUGCUGUUAUUUAUCGUCCCCCUGGUUCCCCUCUUCUUUUCUUUGACCACUUUGCUGCCUGGCUACCUUAUUUCGUCUCUUCUAAUAUUCCAUCCCUAAUUCUCGGGGACUUCAAUAUUCAAAUUAACCCACCUUUGACCUCUGCAGCCUCCAAACUACUUUUAAUUACUUCCUCUCUCGGGCUAUCACAGUGGGUUAAUUCUCCCACCCAUGUAGCUGGCAAUACCCUUGACCUAAUCUUCUCUUCUGCAUGUACAGUAGCUAAUAUCUGCAACACUCCAUUUCCUCUCUCUGAUCACCACCUCUUAUCAUUUGCUCUUGUGUACCCCCUCACCCAACAACCUCAGCCUAACCCUCCUCAACUCAGGAGGGACUAUAAUUCUCUUGAUUUCCAGCACGACUGCUGUCCAUCUCUUCUCUCUCCGGUCCUUCACUGGUCAUCUCUGCAUAUAACACUACCCUCACCUCUGCCUUGAACGCUGCAGCACCACUCCAAACAAGCACCUCGAGGAGGACCCGUCCCCAACCAUGGUAUACUAAAUCAACACGCUAUCUGCAAAGAUGCUCCUGUUGUGCUGAACGCUCCUGGAGGAAGUCUCACGCCCUGUCAGACUUUCUCCAUUAUAGACUCAUAUUGUGUUCAAACAGCACAGCCACUGCCCUUACCAAACAGUCCUACUUUUCCUCUUUCAUUAGUUCAUGCUCCCGCAAUCCCAGGCGUCUCUUUGACACCUUUAAUUCUCUUCUUCGUCCUGCUGUGACCACCCCCCAAACUAACCUUACUGCUGAUAACUUUGCAUUUUACUUUACUGACAAGAUUGAACAGCUAAGGAAAGAAUUCUCCCCUCUUUGCCAUUCUGUUUCUCAACCACACAUAGAUCAUGCCUUUCCUACCCUUCAGACAUUCUCCCCAGCUACUGACCAUGAGGUGGUUGCUUUUCUCUUUUCCUCUCGCCCCACCACUUGCCCGCUCGAUCCUGUCCCAUCUCACCUUUUUAGAUCUCUCUCCACUUGUCUCGUGCUUCCCUUAAUGCACAUCUUCAACUGCUCUCUCUCUUCUGGCAUUGUCCCUGCUGACCUUAAACAUGCCGCUGUACUACCUAUACUAAAAAAAAAUCCCUCGACCUGUCCACCCCCUCUAACUAUCGUCCCAUAUCCCUGCUCCCUUUUUCCUCAAAGCUUCUGGAAAGACUUGUCUUUACCCGUGUGUCUCAUUAUCUCAAUUCCAACUCUCUCCUUGACCCUUUUCAAUCUGGCUUCCGCCCUCUCCACUCGACUGAGACUGAGCUUAUCAAAGUUACUAAUGACUUAAUCGCAGCUAAAUCCAAAGGCCACUACUCCAUACUAAUUCUUCUUGACCUCUCUGCAGCCUUUGACACCGUUGAUCAUGCUCUCCUUCUUCAAACUCUUCAAUCACUUGGUCUCUGUAACUCUGUCCUCUCGUGGUUUUCCUCUUAUCUCUCCCAACGCUCAUUCAGUGUCUCCUUUUCUAAUGAUACCUCCUCCCCUUGUUCUGUCUCGGUUGGAGUCCCCCAAGGCUCUGUCCUUGGUCCCCUUCUAUUUUCUCUUUAAACUGCCUCUCUUUGCAAACUAAUUACCUCUUUUGGAUGCUGUAUGCUGAUGACACCCAGUUAUAUCUCUCCUCCCCGGACCUCUCCCCUGCCGUCCUGCAACGUGUCACUGCUUGCCUUUCUUCCAUAUCUGACUGGAUGUCCUCCCGCUUUCUGAAACUCAAUCUCUCUAAAACUGAGCUCCUUGUCUUUCCUCCUCCUAAUACUGAUCCUCCUCUUUCGCUCUCCCUUUAAGCUUGUGGUACCCACAUCAGUCCAUCCUUGCAAGCCCCCUGUCUUGGCAUCAUACUUGAUUCUGGCCUCACCUUUGAGCCUCACAUCCAGCAUGUUGCCAAAUCCUGUACAUUCCAUCUUAAAAACAUAGCCCGCAUCUGCCCCUUUCUUACACAAGAUGCUAAAAAGGAGCUUGUCCAUGCUCUAGUAAUUUCCCACAUGGAUUAUUGUAACCCUCUCCUGAUUGGUCUUCCCAAAAGCUGUACUGCACCGCUGCAGUCCAUAAUGAACGCUGCUGCCAGACUGAUUUUCCUCUCUAGUCGGUUUUUCCUCCUAUAGAAUGUAAGCUCGAUUGAGCAGGGUCCUCUUCAACCUAUUGUUCCCGUACGUUUUUGUAAUUGUCCUAUUAUAGUUAAAUCCCCCUCUCAUAAUAUUGUAAAGCGCUAUGGAAUCUAUUGGCGCUAUAUAAAUGGCAAUAAUAAUAAUAAUAAUAAUAAUAAUGAGUACUGAGACCACAUUCAAUUUGUAUUUAGUGCUUGCCCCUAAAGCAGAUUUAUAAAAGGUAAUCUAUAAUUGCACCACAUUCUUGGCAUUAUAACCCUAAAUGCGCAGCAGAGGUCAGGAUUGUACUUUACUGUGACACAGACAUGCACAAACCACACACAUUACAUUUUGAACUUUACCUUGAAUUCCAAGCACUCCUCACUUUAUUAUAUAACCGUUAUAGUGUUUACUCCAUUGGUACACAGUGCUUUUUUAAAAACACUUUAGAGUAAAUUAUAAUUCAGUCAAUUAUAUUUUCUGACUUUACUCUGGAAUCACACAACACGUUUCAAAGUGAUGACAAUUCAAAAUCCAUGGACUAUUUUACUGCCAUUAAUGCCAUCAAUAAAAAAAAAAAAAUAGUAAUUCAGUCAGAAAACAUUGUUAACUUACGACCUGGCCAAAAUCACGAUUUCAUAAUUAGGCUUUUAUUGUUGCACUUGAUAAACUGAUAUUGUUAAGAAAAAAAAAAAAACUAGCGCCUUCCCAGGCUUUUUGGUUACAUCACAGGUUGAAGGUUACAGGCAGUAAAAUAUUGAUGAUAAUAGGUGACAUUAACCUGUUGUGUUCCAUACCGACAUUACACCACAUGUGUGUGUUCUUACUAUCCUUUCAGGUAUCGUUCAAAAGUGUUUCUUGUAUUAUCAAUUUUUUUUAUAUAUGUUAUAUUGUAGUUAUAGUGUUCAUUAGGCUUGGAGAUUCAUUUUGCUUUGAAAUGUAAUUCAAUGGAAUUUGGACCAAUCAAAAGAUCAUUCAAAUUACCAAACACUGAGCUGAAUGUAGCUGAGUCACAAACUACAAAAUGCUCAAAGGGUGAGCAUGUCGCCUUGAUUUAUGAUUCUAAAUUUCACCAAUGGCGCCAAAAAAGAAAAUGAUUUAUGGGGAAAAAAUACGAUGGUUAAGGGACAGUCACUAGAUGUUAAUUCUUUUCACAGUUAUUCAAGUGGGAAGUGAGCAGUAGAUGGGAAAAGGUGGAGUAGUAAAAAUAUAAAAUCUGUAUUUAUAUAUUAUACAUGCAAUAAAUAUAUAUAUAUAUAUAUAUAUAUAUAUUUUUUUUUUUUUUUACAGCUUCUCCUGUUUUUCAUUCUAUUGGUUGCUCACUUGAUCUGUGAACCAACUGGUGGGAAAAUGUACCUAUUGGUCUUCUGUAAUAUAUAUUCAUAAUAUUUAUCUUGAUUGCCCCUUUUUCUCACCCUUUUGGUUUGUCUGAAUCAUUUUUCUCCAAAUCCGUUUUACCUAAAACCACUUCAUAGCCAUUUCAGAAUGCGGCAGUGGUUAUUGUGCCACUCUCAAAUGGUUUAACUAUUAACAUUGGGGGGGAAAAAACAUGUAACUCAUGGUACCAUAACCACUUCAAAGUACUGUAGGGGUUAUGGUGCUUAGAAUGUUCCUUUAAAUCUGUAGCCAGAAGAUAUUUUGAUUAAGAUAUUUCUCUUAAUCAAUGAGCUAUCUCUCUGGAAAUACCUAUUAAAUCUUGGAUUGUCCAUAAUUUCUAUCUGAACAUUGCCUUACUGGAACUUCACAUCAGUUGAACAAAUUAAUGAACUUGCUAUACUUAAAAAAAGACUUUAAUUUAAAAGCUGCAUUUCACGUCACAUUAUAGUACACUACAACAAACAGAGCAUAGAUGGCACUAAUGGGAAAAAAUGAGUAAUUCAAACAAAGGUGACUCAUUUAUACGAAUCAAAUAAUGCACUGCAUAACUAUUAGAGAGAUUAAAACAAAAAGCGGGAGAUUUCUUACAGAACAAAACCGGAAAUACAGGAAUAGUAUUCACAUAGUGUAUUCACAUAAUGUACCCAAGCAGCAUUUAUAGUACACAUUAAUUUAUACAAAUCAGCUGUCUGACCUUCCACAUUAAUUAGCACUUCCUCUGCAGCCUGAGAUAUAUAGGUCAUGUCAUAAUAAUGGAAAGUCCUGUUAGGUCAAUCUGUGCCAUAUUUGCUCCGUAGCGAAGGCUUGGCAGACUUGACACGUUUUCUUUAAAAUACUAAGCACAUGACACACAAAUGAUAAUGUGUGUAAUAGUUUCACCUUUAAAAGGUAUCCCAUAGUCUAAUGAUAUUAUAUAUCACAUAUACAUGAAAACAUACAAACGUGCUUAUGUCUUCAUGAUAUAUUGAAUUAAUAUAGUUUUUUUUAGAAAACAGGAAAAAAAUACAUAUUUCAUGAAAGUUAGAUUAAAAAAAAAAUGGAUAAAAUUGUUAUCCAUACCAAUGAAGUUACUGCAUCACCCUAGUAAAUACUUUAGCAGUGUUUACUGCGCAGGAUAACAUAGUAGAGGUAAGUAAAAUAACUUAUAUCAACUGUACUUCGACUUUGACACCCGAUGAUGCCUCGCCAUCUAUGAGAGAAAUGCUGAAUGCCUGAAUUUGUCCGGCAAAGCAUGAAAAUUUAAAUAAAAUACUGUAAUCUAUAUAGUAUUUUGUUUUUUAAUUUAGUAGCAUAACCAAUAGCUGACCUUUACUUACCUAGCUAUUAGAUUGUGCUAAAUUUAUAGAAGUGACAGUUCCUCUUUAAAGCAGGACAGAACUCAGUGUUCUCUAGAAAGAAAAUAUGUAUUAAAAUAAAAUAAAAAUGGGAUAAGAAUUAAAGUAUAUGAUAGAGUUAAUUACUAGAUAGCGAAGAGUAGAGAAUUCAAAAGGGGAUUUAAAUUGUAGACCAAAAUAGCUGAAAUGCAAACAUCCUCAUAUUCAUCUAACUAUCCAGUUCAGCUAUAUUUGCCUAAAAUAUAACUCCCUGGUAAAUCCUCAACAGGCCCCAGUUUGUUGAAUCACCACAGUCAGUAUUUUGGAGGUAAUCAGUGUGUAUUAUAAAGCUACAUCUGUGUUUUUAGUGUUUAGUGCUACAGCUCAAGCAACAUUUAUGGGUGGCUGAACGCCAGCACUGAGUGGGCGGCUGAGCUCUACCCAUUCAGCCUCUGUGCUUUUGAAACUGACAGCCAGGAUAGUGUUUUUGUGAGAUGUGAACACCUGUCUGUUGAGAACUGGACGCAGACCAUAAACCCAUUGCACACAGGUCACAAAACAGCUGUCAGCCACUGCUAAUUUUAUGCCAGGCUUAAUCAGGGUCAAAUUUGAAGCUGAUUCCUAAAGUUUAAAGUUGGUUUAUAAAGCUGUCUGCACGUUAACCUCUUCUAGUGAUGGAAAGUCCAAUGACACACUAAAUAGUAAAUUCAGAUUCAUCUUUCUGUUCAUCAGAUUGCUUCAUCAACCUGUCCCCAUUAAUGCAUGGUGUUCUAUAUGACAGACAACAUGAAGCUGAUAUAUACAAGAGGGGGAGAGGAACUUGCCCAAACUUGUUUCCAUUAUUAUUUUUAUAUGCAAGAACAAUAUCCAGAGUGGAGACCAGCAUUGAAUUCCGCAUAAAUGCAAUUUUUUCAGAAAACCAUAAAAUAUGGUACAUAUACAAAACAUGUUUUUAACCCUUUAAGGGACACUCCACUGGCCAAAUACAAAAUAAGUAAAAAUCACUGUUUAGUAGAUAUACCCCUAAUGAAAACUCAUAUAUAAUUAAUUAUGCAUUUUUUUCAUUGGUGUUAUAUCUAAAAACAGCUUUCAAAAACUGCAAUUCUCUUGUCUGCUGUCUUUGCAAACCGUCCUCUUCUAAACCCCCCCGACUUAAUUUCCAAUCACAGAUUCACAAUGCAAGGCAGGUGCUCUGGGCAAUUGCUGCCUCUGGAGUUCAGUUCAAAUAAGCUAACCAAACAGGGUUGGGUACUCAGUAUAAUUUAUAAAAAAGUGUCAAUUUCUUUUAAAAUUUGCACUAUUUCCAACAUGAAAAAGGAGGACACACUCUUAUAACAAAGCUUUUCAGCAAGCUAAAGUGUUUUAGGGGUCUGGAGUGUCCCUUUAACACAUAGUCACUCCAAACGUGCUUGGAUUACAACUACCCUCAAGCUUUGGAAGUAAUUGAUAUUUUAUAUUAUGUUAGUAUUUGAUGACUCUGACAACCUUUUCCUCAGGAUAUAAUGUUACUCUCAACAGAGAAUACAUAAGAAAUAGAAUCAUUUCUGUUACCGUGUAUAUAGUAUAUUACUAUCUCUUAUUUUAAGUCUUAAAUUGUUUUUUUUUGUUUUGUUUCAAAUCCUGUACUGCAAUGUACUGCUCAAAACUCUAUUGAGCAGUAUGACUUGAUAAUGUGCAGUGAUUUAUCAAUCUUGGGAAGGCACCUAUACAAACCUUUCCCUGCAUGCCUCAGUCUGAUGUGAGUCAUUCCGUGAAUAGUAGCUGAACCAUUUAUUCUUCCCCUUCCAGGUCUUCAAAUGUUAGUCAAUGAGUUAGGGAGAGAAAGACAUUGUCUCUCCCCACUAUAAAGUCUACCAAUAAUGGAAGAGAGACACAAUUACUGACAGCAGCAACCAACAGUGGCUGCUGAGGGCAAUGUGACUCACACCGAUUAUGAAUAAUACAUAAGAGGGAAGAAUAAGCCUAACAAAGGGAGCAUUGUUCAGGUAUACCUUAAAGUUUGCACAUUAUGUUUUAUUUAUUUACAAACCCUUUUCAGAAAUGUUGGGGUGAAAAAAUAUUUUAGAAAUAAUAUUGCUGGCCUUGUUUAGACUGUGAACCUGUAACAAAUAUGGUUAUUUUAUUUUAUUUUUUCAAGAAGUUAAGUGUUAUAUUUUUUGGGUGAGUGUUGCUUCCUAAAAGUGCCACCAGAAUGUAAAAAUAUUUCCAGGUGGGCAUAAGAACUACAUACAGGAGGUACAGUUACUAAAUUAUCACUAGGCAUCGACCAUACUGGGCUGAUACUGAAGCCUGCAAAGAAAUCCUGUAAUAUGAGCAAGGCUCUUCAACAUCAUCUCUUGUCCUUGCUAGAAUACAGCCAUAAAUAUAUACCUAUAAAAGCUGCUGUAUAGCGUGAGAUUAAAAGUACAGACGCACUGAAGAGUUGCACACUGUAUAGAGUCUUGGCACAGACUUUUUGUUUUUCUGCUGUUACACUACCCUGGGAUAAAGAGUUUAUGGACUAAAUUAUUGUAUUGCUUUUAUCUAGGUUUGAAAGUGAAGAGGUCAAAAAGCCCAUAUUAACCUUUGUUUGUGGAGAAUUAAACCAUUUUUUUUUACUGAGUUUGUUCUAUGCCUUUUAAUGUUGUGACUUGUGAAGCUUUCAUUAUAUGUUUGUACUUACAUUAACAUGCUACAUAGUCAGUGGGAUUAGCCGAGAAGAUUUAUGACUGUGCUUUGAACUGUACAGGAAAUGACAAUUUGUUUUCUGUUCUAAUCUGGCCCUGAUAUAUGGUGUUGCAUAAGACGUGUAACCCAAAGGUCCUUGGGCAAAGAAGGCAAAUGGUAAUAACAGAUCUCUCUGACUUAUGCAAAUUAAAUUUCUCUUGGAUGCUAGCUUGAAAUGGUCAAUUUACAGUUUUUGGUUUUUAAACAAAGAGAAUGUUUAUCUCUUUCAGCCUUGCCUACCAUUCUGUUAAUGGGCAUGUAUAAAUAUAAGAUGGUCUAAAAUAAUUUUUUUACUUUUUUUUUUAAUUGGAACAUCAGUGAGCCUGUUCUAAAAGUAAGCACAGUUUUAAUAGUGUAUAGAGCUGCAAUGUGAUGAUAGACUAGCAUAGUGACACCACUUCCAUGUAGUUAACCUAUCAAUGAAUGUAAAUAGAUGGACCUGAAUAAUCUUUCUGACCUACCGAUCCUGUCUUAGUGGUUACUAAAUGACCUGUCCUAUAACAUCACAGUAGUCUUAAAACAAAAUCCAUUGUGGAAUAGAAACCCCACACUAAAUCAAAGUAGGUAGUUAUUAAAAACAAAAUUAAUUUUACUUUAAAGGGCACUCUAAACAUUUUAAUUCCAUUAUACAGUUUAUGAAUUAGAAAAAAAAGAUACAUUAAAGUUUCAGCAGCUGAUGAUAAACAACAGUCAAACAGCAACAGCAAUGAGUCCAUUCUUGACUAGAAUGCGACUCCACCAAUCUUGUUCUUCUCAUUCAGUGUGCAACCAUGGUUUGGGAAUGCCAUACAAAUAUGUCUAUAAUCAGAAGAGAAUGUAUAGCUUCCUCCUCUGUUAUACAGAGUGGGGGUGAUGAAACAGUCAUGUAGCUGCAAGUGCUUGGGAAUCCCUCAGCUUUUUUCAAACCUUUUGAAAGCAAGUUCAUAGAAAGAAUGGUUUGACUUCUAACUUAGAGGUUGAAGGGGCCCUUAUUUUAGCUCCUUUCAGGUUUGUCCUGCAGUGGACACUGAGAGAGUUUUGGACUCUCCUUAAAUGGUUUGACCUACUAAUGUGCUCUCUGCAACACAAAAAAUUCGUGGACAUCAACGGAACACAACAUUGGUGGAUUAUCAUAAUGGGAUCCUUUCUAUCGAAAAAGGAACUCCUUCACAAUAUCCAGCCAAGUGAAGAACACCCUUCAGGAGGUAGGCAUAUCAUUACUCAAUUCUACCAUAAAGAGAAGACUUCAAAAAUACAAAGGGUACACCACAAGGUGCAGACCAUUCUUAAGCCUCAAGAAUAGAAAUGCCAGAUUAGACUUUGCCCAAAAAUAUCUAAAAAGCGAGCAUAGUUCUGGAACAGCAUUCUUUGGACUGAUGAAACAAAGAUCAACCUGUACCAGAAUUAUGGGAAGAAAAAAAUAUGGAGAAGGUUUGGAAAUGCUCAUGAUCCAAAGCAUACCGCAUCAUCUGUAAAACAUGGUGGAGCCUGUCUGAUGGCAUGGGCAUGCAUGGCUUCCAUUGGCACUGGGUCACUAGUGUUUAUUGAUAAUGUGACAAAAGACAGAAACUGCCAGAUGAAUUCUGAAGUGUAUAGGGAUAGAGUGUCUGCUCAGAUUCAGCAAAAUUCUGCAAAGUUGAUUGGACAGCUCUUCACUUUACAGAUGGACAAUGAACCAAAAGAUACAGCGAAAGCAACCCUGGAGUUUUUUAAGGCAAAGAAGUAGAACAUUCUGUAAGUCGACUGAGCCGAGUUUGAGCUGCAUUAAAGAACACUCCAAUUACCAUAACUACUACAGCAUGCUGUACUAGUUAUGGUACCAUUAGCAUACCUCCCAAAAUUUCAAAUGGACAAAGGGGGACUUUUUAAUUUUAGGGGCUUGAGGGCCGGUGUGUUCAGGGGUGAAGCUAUUCUGUGAAAUUUUAAGUGACUUAUUAAUAACAAUUUAUAUAUUUAGAACAAGAAAAAAUUAUCUUAUUUUCACAGACUAAUUACUAAAUGCCUUUAUUGUAGUUUAAAGAAACAUUACUUUGAACAUUUUUGCUGUACGGCUCUUUUAUGCACUAAAAAAGAAUACCUAAAUGGAGAUCCUAGAAAAAAGGGACAUUCGUAUAGAAGAAAGGGGCAGAGGAAUUUUGGCCCAAAAUACAGACACUUGGGAGGUAUGCAUUAGUGUCUUUACCCCGCUUUCCCACCCAGUGUAAAUAGUCAAACUGUUUUCUAAUGAACUGACUUCUUAUCUGUGGUAUGUUGGGCUAAGCUCAGCUGGCAGGGCUAAGCUUAUUUGCUAAGAGCCAUCAGCUGAUGCUCAUAGCCAAUAAACAAGUGGGGCACUGCUAAUAGAAGCUAAUGUAAGACUCUCACUUCCUGCUUAGAGGAGGCAACGACUCUAAGCACCUCCUCCCCCCCGUACUGCCUUGGUUAGUGGGGAGCACCAAUGCACUAAUGGUACCAAUACAGUAAAAAAGCACUGCAGUUGUUAUGGUGCUUGUAGUGUUCCUAUAAAUGUGUGAGUAGGAGAUAUUACAACUGGCUUUCUUAAAUAAUGAAUUACAGCUCAGGAAAUACCUAUUAAUUCUUUGAGCCUAAUUUGUAUCUGCCUUAAGGGAACUCCUGUUGACUUUACUUAAUCAAUUAACUAGCUACAACAUGUCAAAGAAAGUUAAAGGUAAAUUAUGGUUGAACAAACCCAUAACUCAAAGUCUAGGUUUUGUUUUGGUCCAGAACUUGGACAUUUGUCUCUGUUCUUAUGGGGUUUAAAUUAUUUUCAGUUUCCUAAAAUCUGGUUAGUAAAAACAAAUAUUUGAAGAACCUUCAUAGACACGUGAGCGCCAUCUGUUGGUUGAAUCAUUAUGUUUAAAACGUUCACUUGCUUCUGUGAAAAUAUAUAUUUUUAAAUACAUGCACUUAAUGUACUUAACUUCUAUCUAUUAUUAUUGUUAUUUUUUAGGGAAUGCCAAUAUAGUUCAUAGUAUUCAAAAGCAAACAAAUAAAUUAAGACUGUUAGGUAAUCAUGAACAAGUAUGGGGAGUCAUAAACAGAAGAGCUGGCAAUCUAUCUUCCAUAAUUCAUAGAACUUUUCAUAGAACCCUUUACUUAUUGAACUUCAUUAUAUCUCUUUCAUGUUGAUAGCAUGCAGUAUGCAUUAUUUAAUACUUCAGCCCUGCUUUUAAUUUAAAACUGGCUAUGCUCUGACCAAAAGGUUAUAGUGCUGGAAAUAUUAUACCACUCUGAUUCAUGGGAUUGAAACGAUGUAACAUCAUUCAGCACUUCAAUGAUCUAGUCAUUUGAUAAACUAGGUGCAUGAAUCAGCAGUUUUUCCAGAAAUCAUAUACCAUGAUCCAUGUCUUACUGCUGAACCCAAAGGAACUCUUGCACUUUACCUACUUGGAGGAGCUAGAAUGGACUAGCAGGGGAAAUUAUCUCACUGCAAUAAUUAAAUUGUAGUCACGGCUGUAGCUUAAAUUUAAGUAGAACAAGACAAUGAAAAUCAGUCUGACAUGUCUGUGUAGGUGCCAAUAUCAAAACUGAUGAAACAGGCAUCUUUGUAUAGUACGGGAAUUGUGCAACACAUCCUGGUCUGUUCAAAUAAAUUUUAGUUUUAUUCUCACUGUGUCUUAUCUUCCACUACAGGAACCUUGAUUUUACUAAAAUACCCUUACCCUCGGGAAGUAGAAGAGCCUUCGAUAUAUGAGUCCGUGCGAGUCCAUACAGCUAUGCAGACGGGGCGUUCUGAAUCAGAUCUUGUGCCUUUGGCACCCUCAGUAAGUUGAUUAGCCAGUGUCAGUCUCAUAGUCUUUUACAUUUAUUUAAAACUCCAAUUUAGCGUUACCCUAUUGAUUUUAAAGACUGUUUCACCAGCAGAGAAUCCGCAGAAAAUGAACAUUUAAAAAAAACCUUGUGAUGUAUUUUAAAAUGGCUUCUUUGCCUGUCGCACAAAUGUCUAAAUAAUAAAUGUGCUUCUAGAUCUGAAUUCUAUGAGUUUGUAGAAAUCUACAGACUUGACUAAGCCAGCCCUAAAAGCCUCAAAAGUAGUGUUGUUGUCAAUACAUACUUGAUCCUCUUAGAUAGGUGGCUCCCUGGAACCUUCUUACUAAUAUAAUUUAAUGAAUACAAUUAAUCUUCCCCCUUUGGUUAUUUGUAUAUUCCUGAUCCCCUGUUGUCUGUGUUAGAUGUUAGAGAAACUCUUUGUUCUUAAGUUCUUAUAGUUAAAGGACAACUAUAGUGCCAGGAAAACAAACUCAUUUUCAUGGCACUAUAGGGUCUUUAGAUCCCCCCCCCCCCCACCCUGAGGGUCCCACUCUCGCCGGGCAGAAGGGGUUAAACUCUUACCUUUCUCCAGCGCCGGGCUCCUUCAGCUCUGGGGAACCCUCCUCCCUCUUCUGACGUCAGCGCUGAAUGCACAUGCGCGGCUCUUGCAUUCAAUCAGUCCAUAGGAAAGCAUUUCUCAAUGCUUUCCUAUGGACGUCAUAAUCUUCUCACUGUGAUUUUCAGUGAGAAGCACGGAACGCCUCUAGCGGCUGUCAAUGAGACAGCCACUAGAGGCUGGAUUAACCCUAGUGUAAACAUAGCAGUUUCUCUGAAACUGCUAUGUUUACAGCUGCAGGGUUAACCCUAGAUGGACCUGGCACCCAGACCACUUCAUUGAGCUGAAGUGGUCUUGGUGCCUAUAGUGGUCCUUGAAUGGGAUGGAAGUAAAGCAACACUUUUGUACUCUUCCCUUUAAUGUAAGCGAUAGGUAGAAGCCCCAACACUAACAGCUGAAAAAAAAUAACCAGUACUGCUCAGUUAUGGUCAGAGGGUACCCAUGGAUACACAUUAGUAAAUAGGACAUAUAUUGGGUCUGCCUUCUAGCUUUAACUGACUCACAGGCAUAUGUAGGCAGAUAUGUCAGAUGGUAAAUUACGGCCCCGUUGAGUUAGCAUAUCAUAUUAAGUCACUUUUUGUAACUGAACAAUAUUCUGCAGUAUUUACUUAAUGAGACAAAGUAUCAACAGAUGUGAUGAAGGAACAAUCCAAUAAAAUAUGUAUAAUAUUUAGUUGGAAAUGUGUUGUAUUAUGAAUUAUACAUAGCUUUUAUUUUUGUUUGUUUCAGCUUGGUACAAAAGAAGGAUAUCUCACAAAACAAGGUGGACGAGUAAAGGUAAUUAUAAAUAUAAAUAUAAAUAUAUAUAUAUAUAAUGUGUGUGUGUGUGUGUGUGUGUGUGUGUAAAAAGAGUGCAAGUAAAAACAUUUAAAUUAGGUUCUUUUUUCCCAGUAAGUGUUCUGCAAAUAGACAGGAGAAAAAAAAUGAACAACAGGCCUAAAAGUAUGGUCACAAAUGUAAAAAGUAUGGUGCAAUUUAUGGGAGGGCUGAAUGAGCAUUAGUUACUGUUAGAUGUCACAAUGGGAAAUAUUUAUCAAAAUGUUGUUCUCUGAAUUGUGCUGCAAUGUUGUAAACUAGUGUGACCUCCCAAGCAAUGUGGCCUGGCACAUACCAUAUUUUGGAUGUUGUUUUCUGUGACUUUACAACAGCUAGCUCUGUAUUUACAGUGUGUCUGCCCUCUAGUGUCUGUGCAUGGUAAUCACAUUAAGACAUCUGAGUCAACAGGGUCACUCACUAUCACUACAGUUACUACAGGUAGGGCAGCAUUUGGAAAAUACAAUAAUCGCCACUUUAUUUAUUUCAGAACUGGAAAACUAGAUGGUUUAUUCUGAGUCGGAAUGAACUUAAAUAUUUCAAAGACCAGCUGGUAAGUUGUGUUUGUGUCUCAACCAUAUAAAGCUGGUUAGAGCUGUGGUAACAUCAUUGCCUUAGAACUGGUCUGACCAGGUUUAAAUCUUGGUCAGACCACCUCACCAAUAAAUAUCUAUGAGUAAGACACCCAACAGCUAAUAUCUACCUACCUCAAAUCUUCAUACAUUGUAAGCUCAUAUAAAAAGGGCCUGCUUCACCCUCUAAACAUUCUCUUCCUAUAAGUGUAUGUUGGCACUUUAUAAAUAAUAAUGAACUGCAGGUAUUUUUCCACACAUUGAUCUGUAUUUUAUCAAAGUUUCAAAUUUAAGGUCAAAAUAGCCACAUUUGAAAAGGCAAUGCUUCUCAAAGAGCAUCAGGCAGUGUAACCACCAAUAGGAAGAUUAUCUUCUUGAGGGUAUAAAAGUAUUUCUGUUUUGGAAUGAUCAUACGAUCUGAUGUAUAUUCUGCUAGUAAAAAGGCUUAGUAUGCCCAUUUGUCCCCACAUCUUUACAAAAUCAGAAAUAUCAAAUCUUAUUGUCUAGUUUGAAGAACUGCAAACUGAUGCCUUAUGACAGUUUUUAAAAGUUCCAUCUAUCCUGUGCAUCUCGAAAAAUCUCUAAAUACAUUAAUCAGAAGUUCCUGUUUACAGUCUUGUUCUGAUCUAGAGAAUCAAAUGAUUUAAGAAGCACUGACACUUUCUCUCCAAUCUAAGCACCAUAGAUAAAUUAUAUAUCCAUUAUUCUUUUUGCAACCUAUUUUGUUAUGCCCAAUGCCUUUGAUCUGAAGACCCUCUGUGUUGAGAAUCAUACAGAAUCAUAGUAUUCCAUGUGUGUGCCAUCAGAAAAAUCCCAAUAACGGACAAAACCUAAAGGCUUAACUUGUAGAUGAAGCUAGCUGUUCAUGUGAAAUGGAGACAAUUGGAUUCUGCAGCUGUAGCCACAAUAGUCCAAUAAAGAUUUCAUACAAAAAUAUCUGUCAGAAGAUGGUAUUAACGAGGCUGAAUGCCUAAAAGCAAAAGUCAAUGUGUUUUAUCCAAUCCUAGGACUUUACCAAGAUCAAACCGGUCGUUUGACCUUGACAGAUAUUUUUGUAUGAAAUCUUUAUUGGACUAUCGGAAAUAGUUCUGUUUUUAUUUUGCUUAAUCAAAUAAAUGACUGAACAAUACCUUUUUGUGCUGAAUUGUCUGAAAAAUAUAGUCAAUUAUUAUUCAACAUGAUGCCUCCCAGCUUUUACAAUACUUUCAUGGUUACAAUUUUUAGGCUUGGCUUUUUCCAGAGCUGGCUGCUUAUUUCUUAAAUCUUAUAAUACAUGUUCAGGGUGUAUUCAUUUUUUUAUUUAUUUUUUUAGCUUUGAACCUAACAUUGAAAUUACUUUAACUUGUGUUAACCCUUUUUUAUUACAUGCAAUGUUUGUUUUAUUUCAAAUUAUAUUAACAAUUUAGCAAAUAACAUCAUAAUCCAGUUCGGACAAGGCAAACUUUGCAAAUGAAAAGGAGCAAUAGAAACACUGUUUUAUUUCUCCUCUUAUCUAUGAUUUUUCUCUGCUGACUGGCAGGGGCAAAGUACAGAGCUUAUAAUAAUGACUGACGGAGAGCUCACAUGGAGACAUCCUGUUACUGCAUAAAGAGAUGUGGACAUACUGGUACAAUAUAGGGAUAAAUAAACAUUAUAUUAAGAACUUAAGAAAAACAAUAGUUCCCCUCUAAGCCUCAUAGAUGCAUUUAAAAGUAAUGUAUAGUUUCAUAUGAAAAUCAUAUUAGAUAUGUAUGUCAAGUCCUAACCUAGAUUAUAAUACCACCACUUUGAUAAACUGUAAAUUUGAGGCAAAAAUCCAGAUUAGCUAUUUUUCCUUUGCCCGUCAUUUUGACCAAAUUAGUGCUCACCAAGAUAAAGGUAAAAUAAUGGAUUUCCUCUGCCUUGGUUACCGCUAAUCUCUUAUCUCUUUACCCUUGCAGUCCCCGGAGCCAAUACGGACAUUAGACCUUUCAGAGUGCAGUGCUGUACAGUUUGACUAUUCACAGGAGAAAGUCAAUUGUUUCUGGUAAGUGUAUGGUAACAUCAUUUUGGUUCUGACUCUGUAGUGCUUUUUAAAACCUGACUACAAACCCAUAGUUUAAAUAGACAGUAACUAAAAUGUAUUGUCUAUAUAAUAAAAUGAGGCAACUUAACUUGAUACAAUUUCAUUUCAUGUAAGUCACUGAAAAUCUUCAGAAAAUGAAGCUUGAGCACAAUCAACGUAAAAGUCUUCUACGUUCGUGUUCCUUUUCUUUCUUAAUUCCUCUGACAUGUUUUGCCUUAAACUGAGAAUUGUUGUAAUUUGAUAUAUUUUAUAGUAUUUCCUCUUUUUUAGUCUUACUUGUUUUUCAAAGAUUUAAGGUGUCCAUUAUUUUAUACGAAAAGGUAAUUAAUGUUGUAAAAUAAUUCAGAAAUAUUUACUUUUGAAGGACUCACUCAACUUAAAACCACCAGAAACAUUUACAAAGUCAAAUAAAUUCAGACGCCUUAGUAAGGGUACCAUUCCCUGAAAAUAGGAAUGUACUGGAUGGUUAGAUCAGAAUGUUUUGCAGCCAAAAGUCAGAUUGAUGUAGAGCUAAAAAAAUAUGUUUGCAUUGAGAAUAUUUUUAUUUUGUUUAUUCGCAGUUUGGUGUUCCCGCUAAGAACGUAUUAUUUUUGCGCGAAAACAGGGGCAGAGGCUGAUGAGUGGAUUAAGAUUUUAAGAUGGAAAAUGGUAAGUGCUUCAUAGAUGCUACUGCUGUGAAAUGAACCUUGCAGCUUACAGUUAGAAUAAACUAGGAAAAUUGCUAUAUUCCUAUUUGGGAUCCCAAUCACUCUACAGAUAUCUCGCUAGGAUCUUUGUGUUUUAGGUGAGGAAAUUAAUAUUAGUCCCAUCUACUUUCUAUUCUUACAGGUAUGUGCAAUUCUCAUUGUCUAUUCUAUUGUACUCUUUACAUAGAAAAGACAGGGAAGGCAAGAAAGGGGGAGGGGUGGUCCUGUAUGUUAAUGAUAGCAUAAAAUCUAGCCUAAUAAAAGUUAGUGAGGCGAACAUAGAGUCCGUUUAGGUUACGUUAGAAUUUGGUAAUCACACACUAACUUAUGUAGGUGUGAUUUAUAGGCCACCAGGACAAAUAGAAGAGUUAGAUAAUAUACUAGUUGAGGAAAUAGCUAAAAUGACAGUGAAGGGGGAAGUUAUCAUCAUAGGUGGCUUUAAUCUUCCUGAUGUGAACUGGAAAACCAAAAUAGCUGCUUGUACCAGGAGUACACAUAUUCUAAACUCCCAACUGGAAUUGUCUAUAAAACAAGUCGUUGAGGAGCCAACUUGUAAAGAGGCCAUACUAGAUUUAGUGUUAACAAAUGGAGAUCUGGUAUCAGAUAUUACUGUAGGUGAAAGUUUAGGAUCCAGUGAUCAUCAGUUAGUGUGGUUUAAUAUAAGAACAGUGACUGAGUCACACCACACAAAGAAAAAAGUUUUAGACUUUAGAAAAACAGACUUUUCUAAAAUUAGAAUAUGUGUAAAGGAGUCAUUAUCAGACUGGAGCAAUUUAAAUGGAGUCCAAGAGAAAUGGGAUUAUGUAAAAGUAGCACUGCUGAAGGCAACAGAAAAAUGCAUUAGGCUUGUCAGUAAAGGCAAAAAAAAAAUCAAGAAACCACUGUGGUACUCUGCAGAUGUGGCCAAAUAGUAAAAACAAAAAGUUAGCAUUUAGUAAUUAUAAAAAAAAAAAAACAGAGUGAGGAAGAUAGACAGAUCUAUAAUAUUAGGCAGAAAGGGGCUAAGCAAAUUAUAAGAGCUUCCAAAUCACACACAGAAGAGAAAAUAGCACAGUCAGUAAAAUAUGGGGGACAAAACAUUUUUAGAUACAUAAAUGAGAAAAGGAAAGUAAAACAAGGAUUAGUUAGAUUAAAAACAAAAGAAAGAAUGGAUGAAGAAGAGGCUAAAGGUCUAGCUGACUGCCUCAAUGAAUAUUUUUGUUCAGUAUUUACAGAUGAAAAUGAAGGAAAGGAGCCCCAGUUAGGAAUAAGGAAAAAUUAGUCAUUUAUUACAUGUGAGUUUACAGAGGAAGAGGUUCUAUUUCAACUGUCAAAAGUAAAGAGAAAUAAGUCAGUGGGACCUGAUGGAAUACACCCAAAGUUAUUAAAAGAGCUUAGUGGUGUACUAGCAAAACUAUUAACAGAUUUAUUUAACCAAUCAUUGUUAACAAGAGUAGUCCUAGGAAAUUGGAAGUUAGCACGUUGUGCGCAUUCACAAGAAAGGUAGUAGGGAGGAGUCAGGCAACUAUAGGCCAGUAAGCCUUACUUCAGUAGUGGGAAAAGUAAUGGAAACCUUAUUAAAGGAUAGGAUUGUUUAACAUCUUAAAUCACAUGGAUUUCAAGAUCAGAGACAACAUGUGUUUACUUCAGGGAGAUCAUGCCAAACUAAUCUUAUUGAUUUUUUUGACUGGGUAACUAAAAUAAUAGAUCAGGGUGGUGCAGUAGACAUUGCUUACCUAGUAAGGCUUUUGACACUGUUGCUCAUAGAAGGCUUAUCAAUAAACUGUAAUCUUUAAAUUUGGAUUCCAAUAUUGUUGAAUGGGUAAGGCAGUGGUUGAGUGAGAGGGUUGUAGUCAAUGGAGUAUAUUCGAAUCAUGGGCUUGUCACCAGUGGGGUGCCUCAGGGAUUUGUACUUGGACCCAUUCUCUUUAAUAUUUUUAUUAGUGAUAUUGCAGAAAGUCUUUAUGGUAAGGGAUGUCUUUUUGCUGAUGAUACUAAGAUAUGUAACAGGGCUGAUGUUCCAGGACAGAUAAGCCAAUUGGCAAAUUAUUUAGGUAAACUAGAAAAAUGGUCAGAGUUGUGGCAAAUGACAUUUAAUAGGUGUAUAGGUGCAAGAUAAUGCAUGUUCCACGUAAAAACCAAAGGGAAGAGUACAGAAUAUUUUAUAGAGUCCUAACCUCAACAUCUAAGGAAAAGGAUUUAGGGGUGAUUAUUUCUGAUGACUUAAAGGUAGGCAGACAAUGUAAUAGAGCAGCAGGAAAUGCUAGCAGAAUGCUUGGUUGUAUAGGGAGAGGUAUUAGUAGUAGAAAGAGGGAAGUGUUCAUGCCAUUGUGCAGAACACUGGUGAGACCUCACUUGGAGUAUUGUACGCAGUACUGAGGACCGUUUCUCCAGAAGGAUAUUGAUACUUUAGAGAGAGUUCAGAGAAGGGCUACUAAACUGGUUCAUGGAUUGCAGGAUAAAAUUUACAGGGAAAGGUUAAAGGAACUUAACAUGUAUAGCUUGGAGGAAAGACGAGACAGGGGGGGAUAUGGUAGAAACAUUUAAAGGAACACUAUAGGGUCAGGAACACAAACAUGUAUUCCUGACCCUAUAGUGUUAACACCACCAUCUAGCCCCCCUGGGCCCCUCAUGCCUCCAUAAAUAGUAAAAAUCUUACUGCAUUUGAGCCAGAAGCUGUAACUCUGCAUGCGGUUUGCCUAAAAAAAAACAAAAAAAAACAGUCUGCUGACCUUAUCAGAAGUGGUAGCCUGAUCCAAUCACAGUGCUUCCCCAUAGGAUUGGCUAAGACUAACAAAGAGGCAGAUCAGGGGCAGAGCCAGCAUGAUUCAAACACAGCCCUGGCCAAUCAGCAUCUCCUCAUAGAGAUGAAUUGAAUCAAUGCAGGCCCGGACUGGCCAUCGGGCACACCGGGCAAAUGCCCGGUGGGCCGCGGUGUCCGUGGGGCCGAGGCCGGCAGGGGAGGUCCCAGGAUCUCCCCUGCCGGUCUAUGCAGGGCCGGCACUCUCCGAGCACCGGCCCCGCUGUCUUCCAUGGAGGGCCGACGGGGAGAUCAAAGAUCUCCCUCACCGGCCCAUUUAAAUAGACCUGCGGCUGGGGAGGGAGGGAGAGGACCCGGCGGAGCUCUGUCUUGCAGCUCCGCCGGGUUUCUCUCGCGAGAUCCGGAGCGUUGCCAUGGCAACGCCCCGAUCUCGCGAGAGAGUUCACUCACCACUGGACCACCAGGGAUGGUGUGCGAGUGCCGGUGCCCCCCCUCCCAGCUACCACGUGCCUGUCCCCCCCUCCCAGGCUAAAGGUAAGAAGGGAGGGGGGGGGUUUAGUUUUUUUUUUUGCUUAGUUUUUAUUUUUUUUUUUAUAUAUUUACCCCCACUUAAUUUUUUAUUUGUUUAUUUACCCCCCAACACACAACAUUUAUACACAGCACUAUCACACUCAGCAUUCUCAGCACUCACACAACACUCUCACACACAUCACACCCAGCACUCUCACACCCAGCACUCUCACACCCAGCACUCUCACACACAGCACUCUCACACACAUCAUAGCACUCUCACACACAUCACACGCAGCACUCUCACACACAUCAUAGCACUCUCACACACAUCAUAGCACUUUCACACACAUCAUAGCACUUUCACACACAGCACUCUCACACACAUCAUAGCACUCUCACACACAGCACUUUCACACACAUCAUAGCACUCUCACACACAGCACUUUCACACUCAGCACUCACACACAUCACACGCAGCACUCUCACACACAGCACUAUCACACCCAGCACUCACAACACACAACACUCACACACAGCACUCUCACACACAGCGCAGCACUCUCACACAUCAUAGCACUCUCACACACAUCACACGCAGCACUCUCACACACAUCAUAGCACUCUCACACACAGCACUCUCACACACAUCAUACACAGCAAUCUCACACAUCGCAGCACUCUCACACACAUCAUAGCACUCUCACACACAUCAUAGCACUCUCACACACAGCACUCUCACACACAUACACAGCAAUCUCACACAUCGCAGCACUCUCACACACAUCAUACACAGCAAUCUCACACAUCGCAGCACUCUCACACACAUCAUAGCACUUUCACACACAGCACUUUCACACUCAGCACUCUCACACACAUCACACAACACUCUCACACACAGCACUCAGGGCACAUCACUCUCACACACAUCACACUCAGCACUCACACACAUCAUACACAGCACUAUCACACUCAACACUCAUACACAGCACUAUCACACUCAGCACUCACACACAUAACACACAACACUCACACACAGCACUCUCACACAUCACUCUCACACACAUCACACAUCAUACACAGCACUAUCACACUCAGCACUCACACACAUCACACACACAACACUCUCACACACAUCAUACACAGCACCCUCACACACACAGCACCCUCACACACAUCACACCUCACACACACAUACUGCACCCCUCACAUACACACACAACCCCCAAUACACUGCAUCACACACAUACACAAUACUUCCAAACAUAUUUAUAUAAACUAUAUAUAUAUAUAUAUAUAUAUAUACACAUACACACAACACCCCUCACACACACACUGCACCCCUAAACACAUUACAUUCCAGACACACACUAGAUCCUUUAGCCAACUCUGGAUCAUAUACACACACACACUCUGGAUCCCCUAUAUGCACACUAGAUUCCUUGUAAGCAAACACAUACUACAUUCCCUGAACACACACUCUCUACAAACACUAAAUCACCUAUACACACACACACUAUAGCCUGUAUGCACACACUUGCUACAUCCCCUAUACACACAUUCUCUACAGCCCCUAGCCACAUAUGCAUUACAUUACACCACAAACACAACACGACUAAAACAGACCUUAUUACACAAUACCACACCAUGACCAGCUCACUCUGCACAAACGUAAUACCACAAACAGGCUCCAAACACAUGCACAAUACUCUUUCCUGGCCCUUUUGUCUCCUGGUAUCCAUUUAUAGAGACACCAGAGACAAGUUGCAAGGAAACAGUGCAAGCAUGUUAUUAAAUUUGCUUGCACUGUGCAGAACAAAUACAGGGCUUUUUUCUCAUGCUAGAGCUCUUCAGCAGAGCUCUGCGCAUGGUCUGCCCUGGAAGAGCAUUGAACCAACAUGCUCACUUUGAGAGGGGGCGUGUUUGUCAUGAGUGAUGACAAAACACACCCUCUCUGCCCCGCCCCCUUCUUAGUGGGCCGCUGUGAUAAAAAAAUGCCCGGGCUGAAUUUUUUUCCCAGUCCGGCCCUGAAUCAAUGCAUCUCUAUUAGGAAAGUUCAGUGUCUGCAUGCAGAGGGAGGAGACACAGAGCUGCCCUGUGCUCUGCUGACAGCAGAUCUGAGUGGAUUGAGGAGUUUUAUGCCUCAAUCAACUCUGAAGUCCCUCUGGUGGCAUUCUGAGUGACUGCAACUUGAGGUGUUCCUAGCUUUCAAUGUAAACAAUGUAUUUUCUCAGAAAAUACAGUGUUUAAAUGAGAAAGGCUGCAGGGAGCUAUUGUUCUCACCUGAAUAACCUCAUUAAGCUGAAGUUGUUCAGGUGACUAUAGUGUCCCUUUAACCACUUAAGGACACAUGACAUGUGUGACAUGUCAUGAUUCCCUUUUAUUCCAGAAGUUUGGUCCUUAAGGGGUUAAAUACAUAAAGGGAAUCAACACAGUAAAGGAGGAGACUAUAUUUAAAAUAAGAAAAACUACCACAACAAGAGGACAUAAUCUUAAAUUAGUGGGACAAAGGUUUAAAAAUAAUAUCAGGAAGUAUUACUUUACUGAGAUUGUAGUGGAUGCAUGGAAUAGCCUUCCAGCUGAAGUGGUAGAGGUUAACACAUUGAAGGAGUUUAAGCAUGCGUGGGAUAGGCAUAAGGCUAUCCUAACUAUAAGAUAAGGCUAGGGACUAAUGAAGGUAUUUAGGAAAUUGGUCAGAGUAGAUGGGCCGAAUAGUUCUUAUCUGCCGUCACAGUCUAUGUUUCUAUAUUCUUUGGUUUAAUUGGUAUGUGAGCAAGAACAAGGUCGUCUGUGAUUGAUCAUGCAUUGAUGACGUACAGAUACAAAUUUAAAACAAUCCUCUAAAGAUAUUAAUUCACAUAAACGAGUGAAUCUUCUAUCUUCAGAUGUUUGUGGUUACAUUCCCAGUGUUACCAGCAACAACAUGAUAUGUGCAUGCCUGUAGGAAUGCACUUCAUGUAGAGGAAGAAGAUAGAAUCUAAAUAUCUGUAGCUAUGGCUGUAUUUAUAUAUAAUUAUAAUAAUAGAGACCUUACUACACCGAUUAAUUAAAUGAAUAAAAUGCAGUAAGUAACAACUUACAGAUGGUAAUAUAACUAUAGCACAUCUGCUAGAAACUAAGAACAGUGUUAUUUACUAAAGUUAAAAUUAAAAAGUAAAUUCAAAGUGAAUUUCACAUUUAAGGCCAAAAUUGGUGAACUGGAAAAAAAAGUCAACCAUGAUUCCAGUUCAGCUACUUUGGCCUAAAAUUUAAAAUUCACUUUGAGGUGAUGAUGGAAAAGACAAAGCCAGUUGGUCAAAUUUGUGGCAAGGAGUGUUGGCUUCUUAGCCAGAUGUAUUAGUUAUGGUGCCAAGAGUGCUUUGGUGACUCAAGGAGUAACGCCAAACAGUUUAAAAACAGCCAAUUAAAUAAAAAAGAUGUAGGAAUGUUUACAUUUAUAGGGAGAACUCCACUUCUUACACAGGGCAGCAAUCUAGAGAACAUCAAUUUAGUGCCUCAACACUAAAGUACUAAGCAACAUUUCAGUCUCCUGACCUUUUUCAAGGCUGCUAGUCUGAAAAAAAAAAAAAAAAGUUUAUUUACUAAACCCCAAAUUGUAGUGAAUGAAAAAACAAAUUGUAAAGUUUAUAGUAGCAAAGUUCUUGGAGAAAUUCUCCAAAACACCGCUCAAUACCACAUUGCUCACUAACUAAAUCUGUUCUUGUUGUUUGUGUAUAUUUUGUGUUUAUAUUCGUUUGUUUUUUUUAUUCUUUUUCAGUCUCAAAUAAGGAGACAGUCAACACGAAGAUGAAGACAAGUGGAGACAACAUUGGAUCAUAGACAUGCAGAAAAUAGUUCAUAUUUGUCAUAGAACUUUGAAAGAAGAGUACUUGGACAACCAUGCAUGCUAGAACACACUCUGACAUUCCAUUAGGCAUUGUUCAUCAUAUUGUAAAAUGUGAAAAAGAAUUAUGUGCCCAACAAUGAAAACAGCAAUAUUAUAAUACAGUCAUAUGGCUUAUAACACAAGAACAGUUUUAAAUCAAACCUAAGGACAGCUAAAUGAAAUGUUGUGUUUAUAAAAAGAAGAAUCCUUACUUCUACACGAUGAAUGAGAUGAGCUAAUUUUCAAAUGUUUUACACCAUUUUGGUUUUUAACAUAAUUUGUAGCGGUAACAUUCCAUUAAACUAAAGCUUUUAAAUAUAGUGACAUGUUUAAAACGCUUUAAAAUGCAUUUAUUUAUUAAGUUGAACUUGGCCUAGAUUAUUUACCAAAGGUUGAGAUGUUGAGAAUUCAAAGUGAAUUUUAUGUUUUCUGUCAGCUCUGGUUUUAGUUUAGCUAUUUUGGUCUAAAAUGUAAGAUUUAUUCUGAAUUCCCGGUAGCUCAUACUUUGGUGAAUAACUCUGUAACUUUCUUUUUGUUCUUCUUGUGUUUUUUUUUUUUCUGGACACGCUUUCUUGAUUAUUAAAUAUCACCUUUUUUGUUGCUUUUUGGUUGCCUCACAUUAAUUCAGUAAAAUACGAGCAAGGCAAACAUCUCAAAUUAAAUGCAAAGUGAUUAUUAUUGGUUGUGACAAUGACAUGGUGUAGGCAACCUUCGGCACUCCAGAUGUUUUGGACUACACCUCCCAUGAUGCUUUGCCAGCAUUAUGGGUGUAAGAGCAUUAUGGUGGAUGUAGUCCACAACAUCUGGAGUGCCGAAGGUUGCCUACCCCUGGUGUAGAUGGUUAUUUGUUAAAUGGUGAAUUUCACAUUCUAGGGCAUAAUAGUUACAUAGUUACAUAGCUGAAAAGAGACUUGCGUCCAUCAAGUUCAGCCUUCUUCACAAAUGUUGUUGCUGUUGAUCCAAAAGAAGGCAAAAAACCUGGUCUGAAGCGCUUCCAAUUUUGCCACAAACUAGGAAAAAAUUCCUUCUUGACCCCAAAAUAGCAGUCAGAUGUCUCCUUGGAUCAAGCAGCUAUUACCCCACUAAUCAAUGAGUCUAUUUUGUUUUCAGCCUCAGUUUUGGUGUUAAUUUCAAUUCGUUGCAGGUUUUUAACUAAUUGUUCAGGAUUAUCAACUAAAAUCCAAGAACAGUCCAGAGUAUUAAACAUCUGUGAAGAUUACUGGAUUUUCCUGAGGUUUGUGCUAACAAUAAUAAAUGCAAGCAAUAUAUGAAAAUAAAAUCAUUACUUUUGUUACUUUCCCAUAUUAAAGUUGAUAAUGUAGAAAAAAACAAUUUAAAGAUCAACCAAAGUAUUUACAAGUUAAUAGACAUAUUUCACAGACUUCACUAGCCCUACUAAAGGAUAAUUAGUGAAAUGCGCGUAAGGCUAUUAGAAUUAACAGACAGAAUAAGCAGGUUUUUUUUUUUAGUGUGGGGACAUAAAACACAUUUAAAAUUUACUAGUGCAGCUGAAAUUAAAGGUGGUUAAUUUAGCAUAUUGCACAGACUGAUUUUGAGGCUACAUUAUUGGUAGAGCCAGACACAUCCCAUACAUUUGCUAACAGAAAUAUUUACAUCCUUUUUGAUAUAGCGAUUCCUUUUAGCCUAUUUUUCUGUGAUGUUAGCAUUACAUUAUCGCGUAAACAGUCAUCGGAUAUAUAUCUUUUUAUCCAGGUGUACUUUCUUGCAAAAAUGAAUCUUGCUAAGUGAACUAUUCAGUUAAUGUUGCAAUAUUUACGCAAUAAACGUUUCAUUUUAAUUUUCACAUUUUUUAAAUUUCUCCCUCACAUUUAAUAUUGGUUAAUAGUUUGCCUCAAGGGGUAAUCCCCAUAUUUUGUUACUUUUGAAAGGCACAGCACAAGGCUCAAACAAUAACCUCAUAUGCAAGGCAUACAAUACAUCAAGUGAAUGAAACAAUCAAUAAACACCGCUGUUUGCACAUGGUGCCUUGUGGGGGUGACCAUGGUACCCUUUUCCUGUGCACUACCUGACUCUGGUGAUAUAUGGGCUGUGGCUUUGGAUGAACAGCCUAUCGUGUAAGUGUUUUGCUGUUGCAUUAUUUGUUCAGCUGUGUGUUAAUGACUGAUCAUGCAAGUCUAAUUCAGAUAAUCAUAUACCUGAUGGUGCUUCAUUUUUACAAUCUUAUUGGCUGAGAAUGCUGUCCAUCCUUGAUUAGUGGUUAUGUAGACCUGUGUUAAUAUUACACUGCUAAUGUUAUUGAUUGUUUAAUUGCACUUGAUCUAGCAUAUUCCAUAUGCAUGAGGUUCAUGUUUGAGGGUGGUAGCUUGAUAACGGUUGAGGUUGAAACAUUGCUGUGUUUCUCUGAAACGCUGUCAGCAAACUGUCAUUAAAGUAAAAAUAUGUAUGAGGCUGGAGGAAAGGCCC